CCUGCUCUGUGAGUUCCUGCUGGGGCUGGCGGAGGACUUAGGGAUGCUCCAGCGGUUGGUGUUCGGGCGCUGCUCGCCCCCGGGGCUGCUGCUGCUGUUGCUGUGCUUGGCGCGCACGUGCCCGAGCGCUGCGCCUCCGCGGCCCGUCAACUUGGUCUUCGUGUUGGCCGACGACCUGGGCUGGGGGGACGUCAGCUGGCACGGCUCCGAAAUCCGCACCCCGACCCUGGACGCGCUGGGGGCGGGCGGCGUGCGCCUGGAGAGCUACUACACGCAGCCGCUGUGCACCCCGUCGCGCAGCCAGCUGCUCACCGGCAGGUACCAGGUAGGCGGGAAAACGCGGCGGGAUUGGACUUGCCCAAGCGAAGGGCUUCGAGACUGAGGGAGGGACGUGUAGAAACUGGCUGAGGUGCUUGUGUCUUCCCGCCCCGGCAUCUCUCCCUUGCCGUCGGUGGAUUCCUGUGAGAAUCUAAGCCUAACUUUCUAGCCCUCGCAGUUGCAGUUCGAAUGAGUGGUUUCUAAAACUUAGGAACUGCUGAGGUCUUUGCGUAUUGACCCAUCUUAAUUAUCAGGGAUAUGUAUUUUUUUAUUCUGAUUUGAAAGUCACGCCCAAAUCAUGAGAGCUCUUCAUUCGUGUAGCGCGUCACGUGUGCUUGUGUCUGUCCAGCAACGUGACGAGCUCCAGUCAAAAAGAGUCACGUCAGUUUCCUGUCAGAGCUGGCUGGACAUCUGAAAUAAGGUUGAGGUUUGGGGGUUGUAUUUCUGGGCAACGUAUUUGUAGUUUUCUUUGCCCGUUGUUCUAAAAGUUAUUAGCUCUUAACAUUGAGAGGGCCAAUAUUCCCCUUCCGGCCCGUAUGCCCUGUAAACCUUAGCCCAAUGAUAUAUCUUGCAAAAAUGCACGACGAAUUCCUAGUACUGUAUUGUUUUCCUAGUGCAAAUAUACCAUAGGAAUAGAUAAUUAUCUGGUUUGGGGAGACCUCUAGUGGCUGUUUAAUAUGCAUUUCAGUAAGAGGUCAGGAUUGUGUCUUUUGUAAACUUCUGUAAUUUGUUAGGGAAAGCAACGUGUAAUAAUGAAUAUACUUUAUUUUUGCAUAUCAGCAAGCAGUGCAUUUUUGCAUAUCAGCAAGCAGUGUUUUCCAGUGCACAACAUAUAUUUUUAAGGGAAGGAGGAGCUACAAAGCUCCUUUUGGUUUGCAUGUCAGCAUCAUGAAUGAAACAUUUUAUCAGCAGAGCUGAGAAAGGAAACAGCUGAUUAAAACUUAGCCUUCUCUCCUCAAGUUUCAGCGGCUGCCUCAGAUCUAACUGACUUUCUAUUUGUGGGUGUUUCCUGCCACCUAUGAUUCUGGGAUUAUCUCAUAAAGUGGAUGUGUGCCAAUCACUCCGCUAGGAAGCCUGGUGUUUGGAUUUGGGGCAGGUGUGCAGGGAGAAAGCAAAGGAAAUGGUGCAACUGGUGGCAUUUCUUGCAGAAGCCCAUAUUGUAGCAAGCCGAUUGAAUUCUAAAGUGCUGCAACACUCACGCUCCUUUACCCUAUCCUACUGGCAACGGAAACUGCUUACACAAGAAGAUGCUACUGUUAGCUAGUCCUACCACAGGCUGGACACUAUUCAAGCUGUUGUUAGGCAACCUGGAGAAUUAGUUCUGGGACUGCAUCUCAUUCUUUAGCAGCAGUGAGGAGGAACUUUAGUUAAGCCACAGAGGGCAUGCUUUGCAUCCACAAGGUCCCAGGUUCAAUCCCUGCCUUCUUUAGUUAAAAGAAUCAGGAAGCAACUGAUGUGAAAGCCCCCUGCCUGGGACAGCGAAAAGCUGCCGCCAUUCACAGGUGGCUUCAUUUGAAUGUAAUGACAAACCAUGCUGAAGCCCUGCUUUGUUUUACAAACCAUGAGUUGCCCCACAGAUUAUCAAACAAACCAAAAGUCUUCGAAGUUUGGUUUGUUUUCCAGCUGCUACUGUUAGCCAGUUUUCCAGCUGCUCCUGCAUCCUGCCUUUGUAGUUUGGUGAGCUUGGGUGGUCAUAUAAAUUGUGGUUAAGGAAAGGUGCUCAGUUUGCCAUGUUUAAAAGAAACUAAGCUAUGAGCCAAUAACUGUGGUUUCAGAUCAUGGUUUUGUAGGUAAUAGACAAAACAAAGUUCAGCUGCUGGGCAGUGUUCAUACAUAAUGCUGUGCCAUGGUUUAAUAAACCAUGCCCUAGUGUUAUGUGCAAAACAGGGCAAUGAAUAUUGUUUAAAGCACACCCUUCCUUAUACAAGAUUGCAAACCCACCUAAAAAUUGAGAACAUAAGCCUGAUUAAGAUGAUCUGGUGAUGAAGGAGGUCGAUUCCAGCCCCCUGCCUUCUCCAAACAUAUUGUCCUGGCAGCAUUAGCUAUAUGGAUUGACAGAUGGCACACACAAAGAAAGAAGGAUUGGAGCCUUUGAUUUCUUAUGACAAUAGAGUUGUUCAUAGUUGGGACUCUGUAUACUGCUUGCAGUUCAUUCAUUCAUCAAUGACCAAUUUGAGAAAAGGAGAACUUAAACUAUGCCCCAUCUCUUUCACACUCUGCAAAGCUCUAUAGCUUAGGAUGGGCCUGUAAUUAGAGCAUCUGCUAUGCUUGCAGAAUAGUCCAAGUUCAGUCCCCGGUAUUUCUAGUCAGGACUGAGGGAAUUCCCUGUCUGAAACACUGGAAAGUUUCCAACAGUCCUGUUGCUCCGCCAUGACCUCCCUGCCAAUUUUGAUACAGUGACUGAACUGGAGGCCCUUCAACUGACUUCAGGUCCAGUGUUGGACCAUUUUGAUCGGAUACUCCCUGCUGAUGUGGAUAGAUUCCUCCAAGUUGGUAGGCCCACCACCUGCCUCCUUGAUCUGUGCCCAUCUUGGCUGAUUAGGGUGUGUCCAGAUGUUGCGCGGACCCCCCUGGUUGAAAUUAUCAAUUUGUCCCUUGACACGGGGACAUUCCCAGGGGAACUGAAGGAAGCAGUAGUGUGUCCACUCUUAAAGAAAACUUCAUUAGAUCCCUUAGACCUAUCCAAUUACUGCCCAGUUUCAAAUCUUCCAUAUCUGGGUAAGGUAAUUGAGAGAGCAGUUGCUGAACAGCUUGGUAGGUUUCUGGAGGAAACAUCGGCUUUAGAUCCAUUUCAGUCCGGUUUCCGUCCUGGUUUUGGGACCAAGACGGCUCUGGUUGCCCUAACAUGAUCUCCAUAGACAACUGGAUCGAGGUGGGUCAGGACUGCUGAUCCUUUUAGAUUUGUCAGCAGCCUUUGACAUGGUCGAUCAUGAUUUUCUGGACCACCGCCUCGCAGACGUGGGGAUACAGAGCAUAGCCCGUAACUGGCUGUGCUCUUUUAUCUCUGGUCGGGGACAGAGGGUGGCACUAGGGAGGGAAAUAUCGUCGCACCAUUCCUUGGUGUGUGGAGGGCCGCAGGGCGCAAUUCUCUCCCCGAUGCUUUUUAACAUCUUUAUGUGCUCCCUUGCCCAGGUUAUCCAGAGCUUUGGGCUGGGCUGUCACCAAUAUGCUGAUGACACUCAGCUAUAUCUGCUGAUGGAUGGCCACACCGACUCGGCCCCGAACACACUGACUAGAUGCUUGGAAGCUGUGGCUGGAUGGUUUCGUGGGAGCCGAUUGAAACCAAAUCCUUCGAAGACAGAGGUCCUCUGGCUGGGUUGGGAUGGCAUGGGGAUGAGGGACCAACUCCCUUCUCUUGCGGGGGCCCAGUUAGUGCCACUGCCUUCCGUUAAGAGUUUGAGUGUAAUCCUUGACGCCUCCCUUUCCAUGGAGGCGCAAGUUACAGCAACAGCCAAGGCGACAUUUUUCCACCUUCGCCGCAUCAAGCAGUUGGUCCCUUACCUUUCCCGCCCCGACCUGGCCACAGUGAUCCAUGCGACGGUCAUCUCCAGGCUUGACUACUGUAAUUCGCUCUACGCAGGGCUGCCCUUGAAGCUGACCCAGAAACUCCAGCGGGUACAGAAUGCUGCAGCGAGGCUCCUCACAGGGUCUCUGCCAUGGGAGCAUAUUCACCCAGUGCUUUUCAAACUGCACUGGCUCCCGGUAGAGUACAGGGUCAGAUUUAAGGUGCUGCUUUUGACCUUUAAGGCCCUUCAUGGCCUAGGACCCUCGUACCUACGGGACCGCCUCUCCCGAUAUGCCCCACGGAGAGCCUCAAGGUCCAUAAAUAGCAACACCCUAGUGGUCCCGGGCCCUAAGGAAGUUAGAUUGGCUUCAACCAGGGCCAGGGCCUUUUCAACUCUGGCUCCGGCCUGGUGGAAUGCUCUGCCUCAUGAGACCAGGGCCCUGCAGGAUCUGAUUUCUUUCUGCCGGGCCUGUAAGACAGAGUUGUUCCAUGCUUCCGGGGUGGCGCCAUUGGCAAUGACGGACUCCCUCUGAUCUGGAGGGACUAGCUCCACGCGAAACGGGUCUUUUCCGCUACGGCGAAGCGGGGACCCUUUCAAAAAUCACAGGCGGAUGAAGCCUGUGACCAUGGGACUCGGCGGGCACCUUUAGCGCCCCCCCAACCCGCAAAAGAACCCACUAACGGGCUCCGGAGUGAAGAGGGGGAAGUGGCGCGGUGCUGAGAGUCAACUGCUUCUUCCAUGGAGCGAAGCCGCACACCUGUUGCCGGAGAGCGCUGCCUUUUUCCUGGGACAAUUUGGCUUCUAAAAUAAUCACCCAUGAGUACUUAAAUUUCGGACAAUUGGACUUUAAAUAAGGACUUGCGAGUAGAAAGGAAAAUUGGACUUAAAAGUUUACCUCAAUUUGGCACUGAAACGGGAAGGUCUAAACAGGAAGUCAGCCUUCCGUUUCUUUGUAGAGAGAUUAAAGCGAAGACAUGGCAAACUAGAGCUCAGAAAAUCACUUGUAAAAGAUUAACUUUCAUCAUUUAAAAUUGUAGAACCCCCCUUCGGAAGCAGGAGAAGAGGGGGGAUUUUUUCGGACUGUUUAAACCUGCAGAAGUGAGUGUAAAGUAAGGUAACUUUCCACCGUCCUGAUCCUGGAGCGGGGUGUCAGGACUGACGUUUUUUGAAGCUCAUUGACCAGAGACAAACGUUUUUGACAGAUAGCUAUAAGAAGAGAAACCUUGAUUCCAUUGUUCCCCUUUGCAUUCUAAAGGAACAAAUAUUGACAAAAUAUCUGAAAAAGGAAACUUUGUUGUUAGACUUGUCUUUAAAAGAAAGAACAAAUAGAAGUUUUCCCCUAGAGGGAGACUGUGAAACUGUAACCAACUCCGGGGAGCUUGCAGCUGUUACAGAUUACAAUCGUGGGAAUAGACUUCUGACCUUGCAGGACAAUGUAUUCAGAAGCUCUGUUGCGUGCUUUCUGUAAAACAAAUGCCCUACUGGAACAGCUACAUGAGAAGACGGACUUGAUGGCUGAUGCGAUCAGAAAUUUUGAACAGGCAGUGGGAAAUUAUACGGAGCCCACCCAGGAAUUAAAUCAGGAGUGUGCCCUGACAGAACAGAGGAGGGAAGAGGAUGUUGCUGAAUCUUGGGCGCCAGAGAUGAAGGGAGCUGUGGCCCAGCAGGAACAUGAGCUUUUGGACUUGACAAAUGAACUUGGAAAAAGCCAGAUUUGGAAAGAUAAAGUUUGGUUUGGUUUGGAAAUGGGGGGUUGGAUAGACCCCCCUAUGCAGGGAUGUUUGGACCUUUCAAGUCUGGCAAUGGGCCGUGAGAUGUUUGGGGUUGUGGGGGCUCUUAAUUUUGGAGGGAUUUUGAAACAUGUUCUUAAAUACCACAUGGAGUUUAGUGUGGACUAUGGAAAAGGGGCUGAUUUGUCGAGAAGGGUCAAAAACAUUGUUAAGCUGGAGUUCCCACGAGUGAAAGGAGCAGGAGACAAAGGAAAAUACAGUUAUAAAUAUGAAGAAGAGCUGCGGAAGGGACAUGGAAGAGACUUAAGGGCCUCGGAUACAAGGUUACCAGGUUAAUGCGCUAGAUCGAUGGGAUAAUAAGGACUGACAAAACCCGGGACCAGGAGGAAGGGACGCUGGAUGAAGACUGGAUUGUUUUUAUUUCUUUUUUUUUUUACUACUAGGAUUGUUUUAUAAAAUUGAUGAAUGUUAGAAAAAUGUUGGAACGAAAUUACUUGGCUUUAGCAAAAAUGUUUAAAGAAUUAUGUAAGAAUAUUAUGGUUAUGAGAAGUUGGUAAAAAUAAGAUUUAAGUUUUAAGCUUUAAGGUUCUUUAUAGUAAGAUAAGAUUAAAAUAGAUUAAGGUAAUGUAAUGACAGAAUAUUAUGAAAUAUGGAAAGGAUUUGCUGCGACAAUUAACAACUAGGAUACAAAAAAAAGGGAGGAGGAGGAGGUCAAAGAAAGAAGGUAAUGACAGCUGAGGAUUUGAGAAUGAUGGAUUUGUUUUUGAGUGUUUGAGGUGUAUUUUUGUUUUUUGAAUUUGUAUUGUUUGAUGUGGUUUGUUUUUUCUUUGUUUUUUCUUUCUUUUUUUCUGCUUCUCUUUUGUAAUUCUAAAAAUUUUCAAUAAAUAUCAUUAAAAAAGAAAAAAAGACAGAGUUGUUCCGCCUGGCCUUUUGCUUGGAGCCAAUUUGAUUCCCACCCUCUCUUUCUUUUUUCCUUUCCUUCUCCUCCCGCGAUGAGGCUACAUUUUAAUAUUUUAAUGUUUCAAUAUUUUAAUGUUGUCUUUUAAUGUUGUUUUUAAGUUGUAAUCAUUCAACUUGUUUUUAUUAUUGCUUGUAAGCCGCUCUGAGCCCGGCCUUGGCUGGGGAGGGCGGGGUAUAAAUAAAAAUUAUUAUUAUUAUUAUUAUUAUUAUUAUUAACAGUAAAUGAAGCUAGUGCCGAGCUACAUGUCGGCAUCUGAUUGGUAGGUAGAUGCAUGCACAACCUUUACUACUUGCAACUAUCUCUGCUGUGGAGCUUCUAUUCCUUUCCCCCCAACUUUUGGGGUUUAUUAGCCCAAACAUCAAGGAUUUUUUUAUUUUUUUUGCAAGGGUUAUCCAGUUGCUUUGCAGCUGCAAAUUCAGAUCCAAGUAGCAGAUACAGGAACAGGUAAUAGUUAACAUGAGAUACAACAUUGCUUUUUAAAAAAUGUAUCCAUGAGUACUAAGUUGCUAUUUCUCAAAUAUUUCUCUUACUUUGUUAAUAUUGCAACUCAGGGACACAGCGUGAGUCCCCCACCCCUGCAAAGGGUUUUGCAGACAUGUCGUGAAAGGGCCAGCAGUGUCCCCAUCUUCAAGACUAACCACAAAGCCACUUCCUUCCCCCCUCUCCUCCUGAUCUUUAGUAGAUAUAAUUCACCAUUCCUAGUACAGGUGCCUUACUGUUAUUUUCAUAAAGGAAUGAAUGUAAUACAUGUUUCUCUUUUUAAAACUCAUUUGCUCAAUUCAUUAUGCAGUUAUUUCUUUUAGAUAUAGGCCUUUCACAUAUUGUGUUUUGUUUUAUCUGUGAUCCAUAACCUACUUUGCUUUUCUCCCUGCGGUUAAUCACUCUUUACAGCCUUUGAAGAAGAUCAUAGCCAGAGGCUAAAUAUUUGACCAGAUGUUCUCCUUAUCUACUCCUGCAUUUUUCCUAUUUCAGUAGGUUUUAAAAACAAAAUAUUUUCUAAAUAGGAGCUGUUCUGGUAAGACCUUGUAAGCCAUAAGAGACUCUGCUACUGGGACAUUUGGGGAAAUGUUCUGCAGCAGCCAUAUGGUUCCUGAUACUGGAUAUGCAGCAUUUUUCACCAGUCAUGACCGGGUGACCUGAGAAAUCAAUAGGGGCCUGGCUGGUUCUACAUACCCUUUGCUUCAGCUUCCUUGGAUUCCCUAAUCAGACUGGGAACAAUUCAGAUUGCUUACCUUAGACCAUGUCUUCUGCUUCUGGCCCCUUGAUCUUCAUCUGCCCCUGCUGUGAUCCCAGCCUAUUCCAUCCUGACUGGGCUUUGGUGACCCAGUUAUUUCAUGAUAUGUGGAGAUGUCUUAGACUUCUGCUUUUGUAACAGUAACUAGUGGCCAAUUACUAUGAUAGCAAGGGAAGGAGAGCUGGUAUAUCUGGAAGAGGCCCUGGAGGGCACAGCUCACCUCCCUGAUUUGCUCCCCGGCUGAAAUGAAAGGUGGUCAUCUCAUAUUUCUUAAUGGUGACCCAGAGGGCAAUUUUAUUUCCUCUUCCAUUUUAAGUAUAGGGUGGUGGUUUCUUCACAAGGAUGUUUUGUGUUCUACAUCCACUCUUUGAAGCAUGAGGCCUCUGAACACUUGCAAGGAAUCACAGUUGGGGAGAGACCUGUUUCAUCCAGUUCCCACUUUAAUACAGUGGUACCUCGGGUUAAGUACUUAAUUCGUUCUGGAGGUCUGUUCUUAACCUGAAGCUGUUCUUUUUUUUAAAAAAAAUAAUUUUUUAUUGAUUUCCAAACAAAAUUAUACAGUUUUAUCCAAAUUUUUAACAAAUUAAAUCUUUGUGGACUUCCUUCAGCUGCUCUGGAAGCUGUUCUUAACCUGAAGCACCACUUUAGCUAAUGGGGCCUCCUGCUGCUGCCAUGCUGCCGGAGCACGAUUUCUGUUCUCAUCCUGAAGCAAAGUUCUUAACCCGAGGUACUAUUUCUGGGUUAGCGGAGUGUGUAACCUGAAGCGUAUGUAACCCGAGGUACCACUAUAUUUGCAUGCUGCUUUUCCAACAGCCAAGCUGAGCUCAAACUGGCUCACAACAAGAACAAAACAUUAUCAAACAGGGGCUGCUCCCUGAUAGAAAAGAAAUAGGCAAUAAAAUACAAUAAAUGCAGUAACAGAAUAAAAAUGAUAUAAAAUAACAAAAACCACAAACUAAAUCAGUCAUGUUGGAUAUAUAUAUAUUAGCAACACCAAUCAGCCCUGCAGCAUGAAACAGAAAAAAAGCUCCUAAUCUUGCUCACCUAUGAUGUGCACAUUUAAUUCCCGUCUCUCACACAGGAGGGCAGAUUCUACCAACAGGCUCUCCCUGGGGGUAGAAACCAAUUCUAUCUUCCUGAAGCCAGCAGACAAAAUAUGCAUGAAACCCAUAUUAUAAUAGCCAGAGCGCAAAGAAGAAAGAAUAGAAAUGUGCUACAAACCUGGCAUACAGCACUCAUUUCCCUCCUGUCUCCCACCCAUAGGAACAAGAUCAAUGGCAACAGGUCCUCACCUGGAACAUGAAGCAAUUUCCAUUCUCCUUCCACUAGUUUCCCCACCGGCAGAUAAUAAAAAUUCUACACAACUCGUAUAAGCUAGGAUGUUGCAGAAAAAUGUGGAGUUAUACAACUUCAUAUUUUUAUAUAAGUCUAGCUUAAAACAACAGGUCAACAAAACCUUGUGAUGUCCCCAAAGAGACAGAUCCAUUUGGUGUCUUCCCUUUGGGGUGGCCCCACCCUCACUCUGCCUGGUGUUAGCCUCUCACAUCAUAUGAGCUGGAUGCUUUAUAGCUGAAUAUUCUUCCCAUGAGCAUCUAGGUGGCCACAGUGAGAAUGGGAGGCUCGACUAGAUAGACAUUUGGCUUGAUCAACAAGGCUCUCUUUUUGUUCUUUCAUGGGAGCACAUGGCUACUUUGAGCUCUUGCUAUUUCAGCCAGUCUGUCCAUAAAUUGAAAACCUGGGGAAUGAGCACAAGGUAAGAACAGUGAUCUUUCUCUCCUCUGUCUAAGGAGCCAUUGUGUGCUCUCUCUCUCUCUCUCUCUCUCUCUAGUUCACCUCUUUGUUUUGCUUGAUAUAAAAGGGGGGGGGAGCUAAUUUAAAACAUUAGUAGUAAAAAACAGUCUGGGGUGUUAGCCAUUCCUCUGCUGAUCACCACCCUGUCUUGCUAAAACUGCCCUAUAGUUUCAUAUAUAUUUUCAGAGCUUUUUAUUUCCUGAAAGGAAGCCAUCUAUGUCAAUUCAGCCUGGCCAUCUGCUUUCCAAUCAGAAAUGGAAAUUUAUAUUUUACUGCAUUGGCAAGUGAUAUUGACCGCCCCUGUCAGUUGCUCAUGAAAACCUGCCGCCAGGUGCUUUUCACCCUCACUAGCAAGCGACACUCCAUUUCCAUCGCUGGUAGGGCAGGCUAGAGAAUUUGCGGGGAACAGUGGACGAUUUUGAAGCAUUUUAAAAUACCUUUUUUUUCCCUUUUUUUUUUACAUGAAAAGAGCCCAAUGGAAAAUAUGUCUUGCUUGGUUCCCAGUUCAUAGCCAUUUUCAAAAAUCACCUAAAGAAAGAUUAAUCCUGUGAUCUUAUUGAUGUUAGUCCUCUGCUAUUCCUUCCUGUCACUUGAUCAUAAAUCUGUUGUUAGAUCACUGUUCAGAGUUGCAUGUGACAGUUUUGAAGAUUUUCGUAUUAACCUUCUCACAAGUAUAAUAAAACCAGAAGACUAGAGCACCUUCAUAUUGUUUUUUAAAUGUGCAAUACAUAUUUGACAGUGAUUUUUACUUGAGAGAGGCAUGCAAAGAUAUGUAAAUUGAUGCUUUGCUUUCUUUAGAAUUUUUAAUAAAUCUGGCUGUUCAUGAAACUCAUAUUUGCUGUCUCUAGAUGGUUGGUGGGUCAUCUGUUAAGGAAGUCAAAUAAUGCAUUUGGGCUUUCUGGCAAUAACAGUGAAUUUUCUUUUCAGAUUAUAUUUCCAUUUUAUGUUUAUGUUCAGUUUCAGUAGCUCCCUUGUUUCUUUGCUUUCUAAAGCCAGCUAGAAUCCUCCAUUUGGGUAAUCUUCAAGCUCACUGGUUCUUCUGAUUAUUAUGUUUGGCUGGCAAAAAUCUCCUCAUUUUGCUAGAUGAUAUAAUUUUGGCUAAUUAUGAUACAUUUGGUAUUCCUCUUUUAAGAACUGCCUUCCAAAAUAGCUUAAUGAAACCAUGACUGGAAAAAUGAGAUACAAGUAUUUGUCAUUUCUGUGGUUAGUGGUUCAGAAGCUGGAAACAGAUUUUGCAUUUAAUUGAAGCUUGCAACUUUGGGGAGGACUUUGAGAGAAGCGCAAAACAUUUCACAAGUGUAUGUUGUAAUGUUGUACAGGUGUACAUGGCAUUUGAUGGAGGAGUUGAAUGCAAAGUGUUAGGGAACAGAAUGUUUUAAUAGUCCUGCAUGUGACGGAUUUGAUGAUCAUGAGAUUCUGUUGUGAAUAGUAAUCAGAUUCCAACUUUAGGAAGGCCACAAAACUUCAUUCCCUCUUCAUGACUGAAAGCAGUGAUGGCCUACAGCAACAUGGGGGAGCCACCAUACCUCAGGUCUAAUUUGGUUGUUAACACCAUUUGAAGCAAACUGUGCCGGUAUGUGAUCAUAUCCUCUCCAAUCUAAGCUCUAAGGGCAAAGUUGGAGAUAAGGGAUCUAUUGUCUUCCAUCUUAGCACUAAGCAUUACAGCUCUAAGAACAGAGAGAAACCUGUGCCUGCCACCAGCUUGAAAUUAGAAUUGCCUGUUGUCAUAUGAUGCCAGGUGAUUGACAUAUGAAUGGCCUUGUGAACAGUGGCCUGCAGAGGGUGGGCAAAUUCUGGAUCCAACCUUUGGGCUGCAAAGGUUUUCCGGAGGUUGAGUAACUUACUGUGGGCCCCAGUCUAUGCAGACAUUUGUACCCUUUUGUGCUCUGUCACUGGGUGCAAGUCAACAUUGCACAAUUACUGAUGUUCCACCUGCACAAGCAUAUCAACUUGCCAGACAGAAUGAACCCCCAUUUCCUUCCGUGUGCUGUUCUGGAGGUUCUCCAGACCCCCUCAGGGCCAAUUUCAGUCAGCACACAGUGGAGAAGGGGUGGGGAGAAGCACAAAUGUUCUAGCAGAAGCCCUUGCACAGGGGAGGAGCCCUCUGAAUCAGGCCAAAGGUCCAUCUAGUCCAGCAUCCUGUGCCUAAAGAUAGGUAAUAAAGGCACAAGGUGAGCCUCCCUGGGGAGAGCAUUCCACAAGCGGAGAGCCACCACAGGAAAGUCCUAUUCAUGAGUUGCCACCCUCUGGACCUCUCAUGGAGGAGGCACAUGAAGAAGGGUCUCAGAUGGUGAUUGCAGGGUCUGGGUUUGUUCAUAUGGAGAGAGGCAGUCCUUGAGAUAUUGCGGUCCUCCAUGAGGACACUGACCAGGGAGUAAGCUCCGCUGAGCACAGUGGAGCUUGCUUCUAAGAAAACAUUUAUUAGAAUGGCGCUGUUGAGUAUCCUUCAGUUGGGUGACAGCUCCGUUUUCAAGCCGCACCAGGUACCUUUCCCCCAUAACUCCUAUGUGAUAGACAUGGCAGUUCUGUGUUUUGCUUCCUUCCAUUUGGAUUCAUAGCCUAGAUGUCCUGAAAAUGUACACCAAUUACUUUUAAGUGAUUUCCCACCCUGCACACAGUUGCUGCUUAUUUUUCAGUAUUUCUAAGAUGUGAUGUAUUUAAAGUUUCAUUAUUGAUCUGGGUAUGUUAGAUUUGUUUUCCUCUAAAUAUGAACGUGUUGCUGUGCAGAUAGCGCUGCCUGAGCAUCAGAAAAUUGUGCUGUAACCGAUGUGUAAGGUACACUUGUUUUCAUUAGAUCCAUACAGGUUUACAGCAUGAAAUAAUUUGGCCGUGUCAGCCCAGCUGUGUCCCACUGCAUGAAAAACUCCUGCCUGAGCUACUUAAAGAGGCAGGAUAUGUUACCCACAUGGUGGGAAAGUGGCAUUUAGGAAUGUACAGAAAAGAAUGCCUGCCAACCCGCAGAGGAUUUGAUACUUACUUUGGUAAGUGACGUUUACUUUAUUCCUCCUUCGUUUUCAUUGGAUGGUCCAGCAGUCAAUAAUUUGUUCUGGCUUAGUAAGAACGUAAGAUGAGCCUGCUGGUUCAUCCCAGUGGCUGAUCUAGUCCAGCAUCCUGUUCUCACAGUGGCCAACCAGAUAUCUGUGGAAAGCCUGAAAACAGAACCUGAGCACAAGAGCAGUCUCCCCACUUGUGAUUUCCAGCUACUGUCACUCAGAGGCAUCAGAGGUAUAACUUAGCCAUCAUGGCUAACAUUUUCCUUAAAGCAGCGUUUCCCAACCUAGUGGCUUCCAGAUGUUUUGGGCUCAUCUUGGAGCAUGGCCAGUCAUUGGGCCAGGAUGAUGGGAGCUGUAGUUGAAAACACCUGGAUGGUACCAGAUUGGGGGAAGCUGCUAUGGAGGCUUUGGGGGAUGGUGUAACAGCAUGAGGAGGACAAAGGCAUAAGGUGCUAAUUUCUACCGAGUACAGAAGUCUGAUGCAUCAGGGAUGUCAGCUAAUUCUGCCUCUGAGAUAAUGAUUUCUCAAAAGUUGUUGCAGGGGCCUUUUGUGACCAUGGAGGCAUUGACUUGUGUCACUGAUUUGUAUCUGCGAUACCAGAUACCAGAACAAGAAUCACAGCUGAAGGACUCUGUAUUCAGAAAACCUAAGCUGGGGAAUUAGAGCUUGUGUUCUGUCACUAAGUUAUGUCCAACUUAUAACCUCUCUGUGGCAUGGAAUUUUCUGGAUGUGAAGCGCUGGAUGGGAUGAGUUGAAAUGAUGAGUUUUGUAUGGUGGAUUGAGUGAAAAGAAAAAUAAAAGCAUACAAUGUAAAUGCGUGGAAUGUAUGAAAUACUGAAAAGAUUUGAUUUUUCUUCUGUCUUCCAUUCAGAAAUAAGCGAAAAUGUGUAAGGAACACAUUUAUAGUACAGGAAAUGUCUCUGUCUCCCAGAAACAAUAUUGUCACAUGCUUGUACAUAAAACGCCAAAAUGGAGCAGAAAUUGCCUGCUUUUUACUUGGCUCUUGUUGGCUGUCUUCAGGGACCAUGUGUCUUUGUUCUUGGUUUGUUCCAUCAUUUUACUAUUAUGGAUGGCCAUGCAUAUGAGUUAUGAAUUAUAAUGAAAAUCUUGGGUGCAGUCCAACCAAGGGCAUUGCUAAAUCCUUAAAAGCCUAAAGGCACAGAACCGUGACACAGAUUUGCAUAACAUUUGCAGAUGCUAAUUUAUAUGUAUAGAUUUAGGCUGACUGUCAGGGAAAAUCGCUUAAUAAGCAAGUUAAAAACCACAAAAUAAAGUUUUUUUAAAAGGGGAAGAAGUAGGAUAUGUGGGGCAUGGUGCAAAAGACGGGCUCAGGUCCCCAGGGCCAUACCUUCACAACAGAAUCCAGCAGAAGAGACUCAGCUAGUGGACCAGAUUCCUCCUUGCCCCAUCUGCAGCCUCCUGCAUGCCCUAAAAAUCUAUUGAAGGAGCAUGGGGGCAGGAGGAAGAGGAGAAGGGCAAGCCCCAUUGCAUAAGCAGAAGUCUCCUGCAGCACUGGAUGUCACACAUUGAUUGCAAACUGAUACCGGUAAUGAGUUGUCAAAGAAAUAAACAACUAUCUGACUUUUAGAAGACAUCUGUUUUUAAUGUUUGAUGUUUUACUGUGUUUUUAAAAUUCUGUUGGGAGCCACCCAGAGUGGCUGGGGAAACAGCCAGAUGGGCAGCAUAUAAAUUAUUAUUAUUGUUAUUGUUGUUAUUGUUGUUAUUAUUUUAUUAAUUAUGGAGCUGGAUGUGGGAAUUUAAGAUAGUAGGAUCUUGCAAAGACUAGGAAAGACUGACUUGGGUACAAUAGCCAUAAUGGUCAAAUUGAGGGGUUCCCCCCAGUACAAUUUUGAAAGACAAUAAAAUGCAUUGUAGGAUUUCCCCUUUUGUAUAGAAAUGUGCAUUUUUCACAGUUAACACAAGCUCCUUACACAAUGUUGUUUCAGUGUUGUCAGGUGCACUUCCAGAAAAAAAUUAAAAAAUUGGAAACGUCAAAGGCCAUGUUUAGGUAACUGAGGGUGUAACCCAUGCUAUAUCGUGGCAUUGGUACACUGCUAAUUUUAAUUAUCUUUUGGAUGUUUAAUAUCUGUUUUUGCCUACCUUUUAUUGAUAAUCCUGGUUUUGUUUGUAAUAAAAUCUCUAAAUUAUUUAAAAUCAUGUGCCAUAAAAUGUUUGUUAAAUAUAAUAAAGAAAUAUAGGACUUUCAUUUGCUCGGUGUGACUGCAAACUGGAGGAGCUGCCUAUUAACUCUUACUAUCCAUUGGUGUUAACCCUGAUUUGUGUAUUUGUGUCUGUUAAAUGGCACUAAUUUGUGGCAAGCUAGCUGCAGAAGGAUUUUAUUUGGAAAUCCUUCUGUUCUGUUUGGAAAUGGGGAUACUUUAUUCUGGAGAGACUGUCUCACUCACCAGUUGGUGUCAGCAGGAGAUUGGAAAUGUUUGAAUAGCUUGCAUGAAAAAUACUCUUUGCAACAUAGAAAUAGCUUAGUAAUUCUAGCUUCAGCUGCAAGAAUUAUUAUAGGGUUUUUGUUUCGUUUUGUUUUAUCUUGGCUGCUGUGGCUUUUCAUCUUUGACGUUCCAUCAUUUCAGUUUCAAAAUUUCUGAUGCACUUGCCAAUUUAAAAGCAUCAUUGGACUCCUAUUAACCAUGCAAGCAUGGAAGCAGAUGUUAACGGUUUUUGUUUUUAGUUUUUUAAUGGUGGGGAUGAGAGAGUUUGCCAAAUGAUUUGUUGACUUGUUUUAUAAAAACAAUCCUAUUUAGUCCUGGUAUUCCACCCCCUCCCCCAGGUGUACCAGACCAGGUAAAUUCCUCCUUUUUACUGACUUGCAAAUCUUACUGCCAUUCUGCUUUUAAAGACUCUUCUACUGAAAUUGUCACAGGCAUGAUUAUCUGUUGAUUUCUUGGUGGUGGUUUCCUGUUUGUGGAAUGCCCUCCCCAGUAAGGCAUGUCUCCUUCCCUCAUUAUUGGCUUUCAAUAUAAAUUUAAAAACAUUCCUGUUUAUCCAGGCUGAAGGAUACUGACCAUAGCAACCAUGAAAUUUGCAGCUUUGAGGGUAUGUGAUGGUUUUUAAAUGGUUUAGAUACUCUAAAAGUUUUUAAAUGUUUUUUAUUUGUUUGCUAAUGUUUUAAGGAUGUUUUAUUUUAAAUUGUAUUGUUUAAACAUUUUGAUGUUUGCUUCCUUGGGCUUCUUUGAGAGGAAGGGUGGGAAAGAAAUGUAAUGAAUACAUAAAUUUAAUGAAUACAUAAAAAGAGAGACUUGAUAUUUCUCUCUUUUAGGUUACCUUCUUGGAAGUGGAGAUUACUAUUCUCACGAGCGCUGUGUGCCCAUCGAAGCGAAGAACGUAACUCGAUGUGCUCUUGAUUUUCGAGAGGGAGAAGAAGUUGCAGAUGGAUUUAAAGACAUGUACUCUACUAAUGUGUUUACAGAAAGAGCAGUAGAUCUUAUAGCUAAUCACCAGACUGAGAAGGUACAAUUCUGUCUCUUUCUUAAAAUAUAAAGUUGGAAUUAAUACAUUUUGAUGCAUUUAGGAUCAGACGCUUUGGUGCAGCUACCUGUUCUUAGUCCCAUUAUAGUCGUAAGUUCAUAAUCGGGAAUGUAACAAUGUAUUGGGGGAAAAUCAUUGACAGGGCUGUCCUACAAAAUAGAUCAGAAAGAAACUGAAUUCAGUUUCUCAAACAUUUUCUUCGGUUUUUCUGCUCCUUGUAUGAUAAAUUUGAUAGAGCAGCUUCAAAAUACUGUAAUAUUAGUUUGUUUAAAUCUUGGCAGCAAAACUUGUACCAGUGCUAUCUGCUUGCAGCACCUGUGGCUGCCAGUGUGAUGUGGUGAAUAGUGUUGUGCUUGAUGGUCGCAUUGGUUCAGUUCCUUCGUCAUUCACUGGCUCCCUGUGGCCGUCACUAUGGCUGCAAUCCUAUACAUGGUUGUCUGGUAAACAACCCCCUUUAACUCAGUGGGACCAACUUCACCUGCAAAGGAUUUCCAUGUAUGCCUCUGCCACAUCACUCUUAGGUCUCUCAUUACCUAAGGUUGGUGUGGAGAUGAAGUUGGAAGAACCUUAUGUAUGCUGUCUUUAGGUCCUUGGUAGAAAACCAUAUAUGUUAUUAUUAAUCUUGCAUUGAUAUUAUUAAUAUCAAUACAUUGUUAAACCAGGUGAUCAAUUAGAUAUUAUUAUUAAAUAUCAGUACAAUGGUACUUUGGUUCUCAAACACCUUAGUUCUCAAACGCCAAAAACCUGGAAGUAAGUGUUCCGGUUUUUGAAUGUUUUUCGGAAGCCGAGUGUCCAGUGCUGCUGUUGGCUGUUGUUUCUGGGGCACCUGCACCAAUCAGAAGCUGCGCCUUGGUUUUCGAACAGACUUCCAGAAUGGAUUAAGUUUGGCGCUUUUGUUUUUGCUAUUUGCGUUUUUGUUUUUGUGGCUUUUUCGGUUAAUUUGUUUUUGUGACUGUGUGGAACCCAGUUCAGCUACUGAUUGAUUGAUUGAUUGAUUGUGUGACUGUAAAAAUGGAUAAAAGCCCCCCAUCCAAACAAUGACUAUCAUCAUUGCAGGUAAGAAAAAAUAAUAAUUUUUAUUUUUAUCACCUACAAUACUGUCUUAUUUAUUUUAUAGUACAGUACAUUGAUGAUUGCUUUCAUUUUAUGGAUCAAUGGUCUUGUUAGAUAGUUUUGCAUUACUUUCUAUGGGAAAGCACACCUUGGUUUUGGAAUGCUUUGGUUUUGGAAUGGACUUCCGGAAAGGAUUAAGUUUGAGAACCAAGGUACCACCGAAAUGUUAAAUAUUAACAUUAUUAUUAAAUAUUAAUCUAAACCACUUAAUGUUAAACAUCUCAAAGCAAUAAACAGUAACAACUAUUAAUAUAAACCACAAAAAGAAAUGAAAGAUGCAAUACAAUACCAUAAGGUACAAACAGGGAGAAGUCCAGCCUUAGUGUCCCAGGAAAAACUGAGAAAAGAAAGUUUCAUAUUUAAAAGAUGUCUCAGGCAGAUUACACACCACUGUCCUGCACUACUAAUGUAGCAUGUCUGACCCAAUUACUGGUGUGCCCCGCUCUUAAAUAUUUCUAGACUUCCCUCAUGAAAGCAAAAAUUGAAUUUGAAGGUCUGCCUGGAGUUAGAUCAGCUUAUGGCCCUCCAGAUGUUGUUGGACAGCAACUCUCAUCAUCCUUGACUGCUGGCCAUUCUGGCUGGGGCCAAUGGAGUCUGGCAACAUCAUAAAAAUGGGGAUGUCUUCAAUUAAAUAUUCUUUUAUCCUUGAGAACUGAAGACAGAAGGCAGGAAGGAAGCCAGUAGUUGCAGCUGGAAGCUUAUCAGCCAGUAUGCUGAUUAUGGCAUUUAAUGAUGCGGUCUCUUUUUUUGGUGUUGUGCCUUUUUGGCGACAGCCUCUCUUUCUCUACCUCGCUCUGCAAUCAGUCCACGAGCCUCUUCAAGUACCUGAGAAAUACAUAGAGCCAUAUUCUUUUAUCAAAGACAAAAGGAGACGCAAAUAUGCGGGAAUGGUGUCUAUUAUGGAUGAAGCUGUGGGAAAUGUCACUGCAGCCCUGAAGAAGUACGGCCUUUGGAACAACACGGUUCUAAUAUUUUCUACAGGUAAGAUUAACAAUUAGAUAUACGCACAUAUUAUUGGCAAUUUUCUGUUGGCUAUUAAGCUGAUUAUCUAGCAGGGGAAAUGGAGGUUGGGAAAGAAUGCAGAAGGCUUACUUGGUAUCUGUGUAAGGAAUGUAACCCCUCCCCCCCCAAAAUCGUAAAACUCUUAAUAAACCGUCCCUGCAAUCCUAAGACACAGCUACCCAUUCUGUUGGCUACAACAGAAUGCUUCUGUCAGCAGGGGCAGUUGGAGGGGGCUAGGAAAGAUUUGUGGGCACCACGUUGGUGACCCCUUGAGAAGAAAAGCAGUCCAGAGCUAAGGCUGCGUCGGUGAGACUCUGCAACCAAAGAAUACAUGUGCUGCUUCUUUACUUUGUACGACACCUGGAAAAAAAGACCCAAGUUGCUUUGCUUUGUUGCAGUCUUGAUAUGAUAGGGCAAUUUGCAGCAUUUACAUUGAUAAAUACUACUGCCAUUAAUCCUACUUGCAGCCGAAAUUGCAGUGGCAGUUUCCGGGUGCUGGAGUGGGGGGGGGGAUUCUGAAGUGGGGAGCUGGCUCCUUGUGUGAGGCUCGCACAGAUGCCGCAGUUUGAGCCUGGGGCCAUCUGCAUUCCAAGCAGAUGCUGUCUGUGCCACUGAGCUAUGGCCCUUAGCCUGCUGUUUGUCGUGGCUUCUUAAUGUGUACAGUCAUACUUCGGGUUAAAGACGCUUCAGGUUGCGGACCACUGAAACCCAGAAGUACCGGAACAGGUUACUUCUGGGCUUUGGCAAUCGCACAUGCGCAGAAGGCUAAAUCGCGCUUUGCGCAUGCGCAGAUGUGCUGAAUUGCAACCCACGCGUGCGCAGACACGCCACUGUGGGUUGCGGACGCUGCAGGUUGCAAAUGUGCAUCCCGCACAGAUCACGUUCGCAACCCAAGCGUCCACUGUACCCAUGUAGUCAAAUGUUAUAGUAAACAUGCUUCUGUUUUAGUGCUAAAUACCGGAAAGUGUGGGAAGCAAUAAGUGGGGCUUCCACCUAACAGAGGCUUAACGGUGGCUUGAUAGGCAGAAAUUCAACAGACUUACCUGUUUCAGGCAAAAAAAUAAAAUGAUGGGGAAGGGUGAUGUACUUUAUCAUUGUCACAAGAGGGCGCCAUAAGAUGUGAAGUAGGGCUUCUCUUGUGACAAUGAUGUUUGAUAGAGCCUACAUACUAAUUUAUUUCCACGGUGCAUUGUUGGUUCAAAGUGUAGUCCUUUUUACCACUAACACUAGGAGUUUUCAGCCUUUGUCACAGUGUUCCUCCCAAGGGCAGAAAACAAAACAAUCUGUGUACGUCCCCCUCCUCCAACGGCUGCUACAAACUAAUCAACAUCCUGUUCCUAUUUGGCAUCCUGGAGAGUGUUUGUGUUGGGCCUUCUUCUGUAGGUGGAAAUGCCAGAGAGUAAUUUGGUCCUGUGGGCAACAUGAGCUGAUGCAGUACAGUGGUACCUCGGGUUACAUACGCUUCAGGUUACAGACUCUGCAAACCCAGAAAUAUUACCUCAGGUUAAGAACUUUGCUUCAGGAUGAGAACAGAAAUCGUGCUCCAGCGGCGCAGCAGCAGCGGGAGGCUCCAUUAGCUAAAGUGGUGCUUCAGGUUAAGAACAGUUUCAGGUUAAGAACAGACCUCCGGAAUGAAUUAAGUACUUAACCCGAGGUACCACUGUAUAAACGAUUAGACUAGUGUCAGGCUAGGACUGCCAAACCCAAGUUCAAAUCCCCACUCAACUGUGAAGCUCACUGUGUGACCUUGAGGCAGUCGCUUUUACCUCACAGGGUUGUUGUGAUGACAUAAUUGGGGGAACCCGUGAGCUGCUUGGGGUUGGAUAAAAGUGUAACAGACAUGCAUAGAAUUACAUUUCCUUCUGCCCCUCACCCACACCUGGCCUAACACUUGUAUAGUACAUUUUAAGUUGCUUACAAAGAGCUACACAGACCUUGUCCCAAUAAUCUUCACAGUAGCCAUCUGUGGAAGGCUAGCGUGAUUAUCUCCAUAUUGUAGGGGAUUGUGCGACUGUGGCUGAGAGACUGUGGGUAUCUUACAGUCACCUUAUAGUUGAGGAAAGAUAUGAAUUGGGACCUGAUACAGCCAUAGAACCUACUUCUCCACGUUGCUCCAGUAUGAAAACUAAUAUCUGGGCAUCUUUCUGAAACAUAGCCUACUCUUUGAGAUGGCCUUUGGAGUUCAGAGAUAAGUUGGAAAAGGAACUUCUUUUUAUUUUCCUCUUUGUUUUUUACUCCUCUUAAAAAACUCCACUUGGGUUUGGGUGGGCUAUUAAUCUAAAUAAAUAAUAUAGUGAAAUAUGCAUGAGUCUAAAACCUGAAUUGGUUCAAUUUCAGCUGAAUGAUACCAGUAUAACAAAAGGUAUAAUAAAAUUAUGGUGGCAUUGUUUUAAAACAACAUAUAAGAACUUAAGUAGUUAAAUGUGCAAAUUUCAGAGGACAACAGGUACAAGCCAAGCCUUUUGCUGCUUUGGUGUAAAGACACUAAAAUGUUACUGUGUGUAAAUAUAGUGGAGUGGGGGGGGCAUCACUGUUUUGCAGGAUGAGGCUGAGUUUCCAUUUCAUUCAUUACCAGCUAGCAAUUGGUUGACGUAUGCCUGGGACCCUACAAAGAUCCAUAUUGUUUGCCCCUAGAGAGAACUGCAGUGUUCUACAGAUCCUAUGCAACCAGAUUAAGAUUUGAAAUGAUGAAUUGAUUCUUAAUAUGUGUGACUGGGGAGGAGCUUUGGAGUUCAAAUUGAGGACAGCGUUCUUCGCAGAUACAUACCUUGAGCUGCUUGUGCACAGUGUAGGUCUUUGAUGUAAUCGUUAAAUGUCUGGCAUCAGUGGGAGUAUAGAGAGGCCCAUUCUGCAAGUGAUUAUAGGCAGCAUACACACACAUCUGUGUGUGCGCACACAUGCACGUGCACACACACACAGUGUCUUAAAUUGUUCGGUGCAUAAGUUCAAGAGUCCAGUUCAAUGGGAAUGCCAGAGGUCAGAAAUCAACUUGCUUGGUUGAGCUAUGAAUUGGAGCUUUCAUAGAGGUUGCAUAGCUGUAGUAAAUACUAUUAAUCCUCCCCUUUCAUAAGCACUGGAAGGAUUCACCCACACAAUUAAAAAACUUAAUAAUGGGAAAAAAUGACAUGCUUUUAUUGCUAUCUUUGGCAGCCGGUUCUAAAUGCUUCAUCCAAGCUAAAGUGUACAGAAGAGCUGUUUCUAGGCUAGCCCCCUGCUUCAAUCCAGUCCUCAGCCUCAUGCCUUUUUAAUAACUAAAUGUUUCAGACAUUCCAUAUCAGCACCACCCUCUAUAAUUCUGGACAUAUUUAGUCUCCCUUUUAUUGUUCCUAAUAUAGAUAGUUCAGACUCGUCAGAUGGUUCCUUUUUUUCACAGAGGGAUUCCAGAUGCAGUGUGCCUCUUUCUGCUGGUUGGUUGAUAUUUAUAUAUUGACAUAUUACUUCUUGGCCAUGUUUGCACAUAACAGUAAGCCAGAGUUAAACAAACUAUGGAUUACCAGAAAUGAGCAAGCACACUAGUACAUGUGACUCAUACUGUCUCUGCCCUCUUCCUUUUCCCUUUGUUGCACUGGGAGGAAACACAUGAGAGUGCUGACUUAGUAUUACAGUGGUACCUCUGGAUACGCACACCUCUGGUUGCGUAUCCUUCAGGAUAUGAACAUGGCAAACCUGGAAGUAUUUUUCCGGGUUUCACUGCACAUGCAUGCGCAGAAGUGGUCUACCACCCCAUGCGCAUGCGCAGAAGUGGUCCCUCCGGUUGCGGAAACCUCGGGAUCCGACCGGAGCUCUGGAAUGGAUCCCGUCCGCAACUAGAUGUACCACUGCACAUGCAAACUAGUCCUUGUGUCUUGUUUCUCUCCAGACAACCACAAGGGCAAACCAAGAACAAACCAUGGUUCGCAUGGAAUGCUAAGCCGGCAGUCUGGUUUUGUUUUUUCCCUGACAUGGCAAAAGGUAUAGGGUGUGUGUGAUUUGAGCAGUGUAUACCAGCAUGCUUGCUCAUUUCUGGUAAGCCAUACUUGGUUUAAUUCUGGUUUACUGUUAUGUAUGCACUGGGCUUCUGAGGAUGCAAAUUCAUAUUCAGUAUGAUAUUGGCCCUUGGUCUGAUCCAUCAAGGCUCUUCUUCUCUACUUAAAAGAAAGAAAGAAAUGUUGUCUGAUUCUGCUCAGUUGCUGCCCAACAUUAUUUGGAACAAAAUUGUGGGUGGGCUAAGUUGUUGCAUAUAUGAAGCGAGGUCUGCUUGUGCAAUGAGAUUUCCCUCCCUUCUCCCACCCAUGGAACCUGGCACUCCCUCAAUCUGAUCUGCAGGGCUUAAUAGGAGCUCUGCCUAUGCCAAUUUCGAGUGUGUCCGCUCCACCUUCACUCUAGGUACAAUAACUGUUGCUUCAUUGCCCUGAGCUCCCUGGAAAACCAAAGUGUGCCUUCAUCCACAGAAAGAGGAUGCUCUCAGGAGCAAUUGUGUCAUCUGUCCAAGUUGUUUCUCUAAUCCAGAGAUCAACCAGGACUUUGAGGCAAUAGGGACUUACCCGGAACAGUCAGAAAGCCAUCUAGAUCCAUUUUGGCUUGAUAGGUAUCUCCACCCUACUGGAGGUUAGGAGUUCCUGUAGUCUUAAACUUCAUCAAAUAGAUUAUUAGGGCCUCACUGUGUGCAGAUAUGAUCCCCUAUUUGUUCAUUUAGGAAUGAGGUUCUUUAGACCAGGGAAACAACAGAUAGGAAAAACACCCCUCCCCACCCUUGCACACUGCUUCUCUGCUCCUAAUCACCCCCUUCCUCAAAAUCAGUUUUGAUCCCUCUGUAGAAAGGGUAUAAGGGUAUUUGAGGUUUCGUUACAUGCAUGUCUGUGUAAUGUGUAGUUAGGCCCCUAAACAGGUUUGUUCCGAAGUAACUUACACUGAAAUGGAAACUUGGACUCUUCCAAGUAAAUGUGUUUUAGAUAUAUGUUUAGUAAAUAUGUCUGUCACGUUCUUUAUUAACUAUAGAAUUCUGGCCACCACCUCUGUAAUAUGUCAGUUGUAUUAAUAAAUACUACAUUUGGCAUAUCCUUCUACAAGGAUGCCUUAGUUUCUAAAUGUUUUUAUAAUUCCCUGAGAACCUAUUUUGUUUUUCUCCUCUAUGGAAACAGCUUCACCUUUUGGUGUUCUGCAUAAUUUCACAGGUUCCGUAAAUGGUGCAGAAUGAGACAGUGAAAUGUUAGGACUUGCGACAAGCCUGCUGAGAUCUUAAAACCGACAAAUGAUUUUCUAGUUAAUUAAUAGCCUGUCUUUUUCUUGACAUAGUACAAGCCGAUCUGUCACCGCUGCUCAAAAGCUGAUUGUGUGCUCUUGUUUGAUUAAUCAGGUCCCAUGGCUUAAGCCAAGCCGCACUGGUACCUGCGUCUGUGCACAAUGUCACAAACAAUGUCACAAACUACCGUACUUGUGAUAAACAAGCAAAAAGUUGAUAUGCACACACACGGCCUGCUCUUUAUUUCUUAUUCUUUAAUGAAGACAAUGCAAUUUUAUCUUUAUAAACCAGGCUAACAUUUAGGGCUUGCUUCACACCUAGAUGAAUUGGCAUAUGAAAAGGUGCCACGAAUGUCUAGUUUGCUGCAUGUACUUGCAUGUAGAAGCAGAGGCAUGGGAUGCAACAAGCUGAGCACUACAGUGUGGUGCUAACACAGAGGGCACAUAUGCUCCUUAACAGCCAAUAGGAACAACUGAUAGGUAUAUGAAUGCUUUUAGAGGGUGGGAUAGUAACUAGCCACAGCUUCUAGCUAGAGUAGAUCUUUGUAGCGUGUAUCUUUGACUUGCUGGCAAUUCUAUCAAAGUCCAUCAAAAGCCUUGGAGUGUUCUUCUUUGAAAACUCCUAUAUUCAUAUCUGUGAUUAUGUGUCCUGAACAUGUCUGUUGAGAAGAUUGCUAUAAUACCCAUGCAACAAAAAGCCACAUGAUUCAGAGAAAGAGAUCUGUGCUUUUGAAUGAAUAUAAUGAUAUGAAAUGAGCCCAGCUGUGUGCAUGUGAUGCCACAGUAGUUAUUUAGAUGCAUUUUGUUAGAAUUGCAUAUAUGCUUUUGCAGAUAAAUGUUCCAACAUGCAUGUAUAUGUAUAUGUAUGUUGUUGUUGUUAUUUAGUCAUUAAGUCAUGUCCAACUCUUCAUGACCCCAUGGACCAGAGCACGCCAGGCACUCCUGUCUUCCACUGCCUCCCGCAGUUUGGUCAGACUCAUGUUUGUAGCUUCGAGAACACUGUCCAACCAUCUCGUCCUCUGUCGUCCCCUUCUCUUUGUGCCCUCCAUCUUUCCCAACAUCAGGGUCUUUUCCAGGGAGUCUUCUCUUCUCAUGAGGUGGCCAAAGUACUGGAACCUCAGCUUCAGGAUCUGUCCUUCCAGUGAGCACUCAGGGCUGAUUUCCUUAAGAAUGGAUAGGUUUGAUCUUCUUGCAGUCUCCUCCAGCACCGUAAUUCAAAAGCAUCAAUUCUUCGGCAAUCAGCCUUCUAUAUAUAUAUGUAUGUGAAAAUGAAAAGAUGGCUUUCACACAUCCACAAUACACAGCUUUAUUCUGAGGAUAUGCUUCUCUCUGCCUUGUGCUUAACCAUCUGCCCUACACAUCUUUCAGAACUUGGCAGGCUACAAAGAUGAUUUAAAAUCCUUUUAAGUUUAUGGAGACACAAUCUACUUGAACAAUACUAAUCCAAUCCAGUCUGGUUCCCUGCUGUGCAAGGUAUUGUCCAGUACUACAGGAAUAUCCUGGUGGAAUGGACUUUACAUGUCCCAAGGUUAGCUUUCAGCUGAGAUUUCCUUUCAACUCUGCUUUUGCCAUCUUCUCAAAGCCCCCACCCACCCCAGCAAGUCCUGCCCAUCCUAAAAAUAGCUAAAAACUGUUAGCACAUUCUGAAAGACUCUAAUGAAUUGGCAAAACAAGGAACGAAUGUUAACUCCCAAGCCUUCUGCUUUGCUUUAAUAGAUGAUCAAUCAGCACACUAGUAGAGUUCUGUGGUGGACCAGCCAGGUUAGACACCCAUGAGAUUUUGGUAUGAUCGGGGGAGGGGGAUGCAGAAGUAGUAAGAUGACUGCAAGUACCUGAAUAGUUAGGGAGAUUCAUUCAUUCAUUCACUGAUUUGCUACAUUUAUAUAAUAGAUUGCCAUAUAAGUUACAUGAUAAAAGGAGGAAAUAAGAAAUGAAGCAUAUCCAGGGACCAGCGAUUUCCACCUGUUGCAUUAAGGUUGCAUAAGGACCAGGUGGAACAGCACAAAAGAAAGCACUUCUGGGAUAGGGUAGGAGAAAACCAAGUGGCAUUUGGAUCCAGCCAAGGUCAGUGGGAAGGAUAGGCCUUAUUGUGUCACCUCUCAAAGCAUGUCCCUUGUCAUGCAAUAGCUUGAGUUGAGGCAAUGUGUUGCAAUGAGGAAGCACUUCAACAUUUCUCACUAACGUUAACAACAGCAAUUUCUCACCAACAUUCAAGAAGCAUCACAAAUGUUUAAGAUAAGCGUUUAUAAAUCAGAAUUUGAGAGUGCUGUUGUGUUCAGGUUGUGCUUGUAGGUUUUCCAUGGGCCUGUGUGAGAACUGGAUACUGGACUAGAUGGGUCACUGGCCUGACACAGCAGCACUGCUCUUAUAGAAUCAUAGAAUUGUGGCUUUGGAAGGGACCGUGAGGGAUAUCUGGUUCAACCAUCUGCAAGGCAGGAAUCUUUUUCCCAACGUGGGGCUCAAACCACGACUCUGAGAUUAAGAGUCUCAUGCUCUACUGGCUGAUCUAUGCUCUACCAACUAUUAUGUUCUUAAUUUAGUUGAUAUAUGGAAUACUUUAGAAGUAGUAUCAAAAAUAUAUUGAUUAUUAGAAAUUUCAUAGAUAAUGGACCAUUACUAGCUAAAACCAAAUAAUCUCAUCAUGCAUGGAACCCCCAGUGUGAGCUGAGAUCUUUUUACACAGAAGCCUGUAAAAGUAGGCUGUAUCUGUAUGUUGCACCAUCCCUUCUUUUUUUGGGAUGGACGUCCUGUUAGAGGACUUCCUGCUUGCUGAAGGUUUGUAAGAAGGAGCUCACUUCAAUGCCCCACUACAUGGGGGGACCUAUAUACAGUGGUACCUUGGGUUACAUAUGCUUCAGGUUACAUACGCUUCAGGUUACAGACUCCGCUAACCCAGAAAUAGUACCUCGGGUUAAGAACUUUGCUUCAGGAUGUGAACAGAAAUCAUGCUCUGGCAGUGCGGCAGCAGCAGGAGGCCCCAUUAGCUAAAGUGGUACCUUGGGUUAAGAACAGUUUCAGGUUAAGAACGGACCUCCCGAAUGAAUUAAGUACUUAACCUGAGGUACCACUGUACUAGGCUGGAACAAAUCCAUCACAACAACAACAGCUACUACCACUCUUAUCUAUUGUCAUAAAGGAAAGUAAAUUUUAUAGAGCAGGCUUUGGCCAAAUAAUGGAGAAACAUCAUGGAUACUGUCCUGGUGACAAUUAACAAGGUUUUCCAAACCCACUUAGGCUAAGCAAAAUUUAUACAGGAGAUUACUGUUGGAACUACAGUGUUCUAGGAAUGUAUGUAGAUCAUAUUUGUUGGACAAGUUCCAAGAUUAUAAAUUUUUAGCAUUAAAUCCUUUAUAAAACCAAUGAUAUGAUGGGUUAUGUUUUACCACUAGGUCCAUUGGCUGCAUUAUUCUGUUUUUGUGAGUUAUGUAGUUCUUUGUGAAGAGAUGGAAAUGAUUAUCCAUUUGUUAAUAGCAGCACAAAUGGCCAUAAACUAGAAAUAGAAAAAACAAACCCAUCCCCCCAUCACAGACUGGCUGUUAGAAGACUUAAGAGAUUGUGUGUGUGUGUGUGUGUGUGUGUGUGUGUGUGACCAAUGCCAUCAGAGUAAAAGGAGGCAGGUGGGUGAAUAAUUGUUUUAUGGAGAAAUUGAGCCAUUUCAUAGCUAUUUGGAAUAAUAAAGUAGAAUAUGCUGCCCAAUAUUAUACUUGGAGUCAUACAAGAGAAUAAUAAAUUUUGGACCAACAACAUUGAUCUGUUGUUUUCCUGUCGUGGUCUGCUGUAGAAAAUUGGACCACGUGGACCACGUGGAUUUCUCAUUUUGUGUUAUCCUGUUGUUUAGAGAUGGGUUUUUAAAUACAUACAUACAUACAUACGUACGUACAUACGUACAUACAUACAUGCCACUCCUGGCAUCAGAGAAGGGAACUGAUUUGGAAAGCAGAUGUAAAUAGGUCUGAUCGGCUGACUGGAGUUAUAGUUCACACUAAAUAAAGCCACUUCCUUGGGUUUUGGCCUGUGCUUUGCAAGAUAUGGUACUGUAAUUACAGCUGCUCUUUAUUUGAGAAUCGUUGCAGGAGAAAAACAGCACCACACUAGCAGCCGAGCAAUUCCCUGACACUGAGCUACAGCCAUGUCACUCAUGCCACUAUAUGCUGAAAUGUUUAAUCCUUUGUUUUUAUUGUUGGUGUUCCUGGGUUGGUUUGGGGGGCUUUAGAUGCUGGCCAGUUUUCAUUGGCUGCAGGGAUUGUUAUUGGAAUGGCUGACAGCUGUCUGCCAGGCUGUCUGCAGAGCCUUCCUGUGCUCACUGCUGUUCAGCUUCACAGAGCUAUUGUUCGCCUUGAGCCCUCCCUCCCCACUCCCUGCCUUAAAGCCUUUCCCAGCCAUAUCCUGAUAUGGUAAACCGCUUAAAUUAGCUCCAGAUUGCUCUGUUUAUUUUGUGCAAGAUAAGCGACAAAGUGCAGCCACAGCCGUCCACCUCAAAUAAACUGAGGAGGAAAGAGAGGAGAGCAAGGUAAUCUGGGUGACCAAAUGCAGCAGCCUCCAAACAAGAAAGGCACAACACAAAGCGUUAAUAUGCAUAGAUCAUUUCCUUUCUCCCUCACAGUGCUGCUGUGCCAGAGAGCGUAUUCUUGGAAGUAAGUGCAGACUAAAUGCGGCACUUUAUUUAUUUUCAAGGCAGCAUUCUCAUAUAGCUGGCAACCUUAUAGGAAUCCCUGCUCAUUUCCUCAAGAUCUUGUGUUUGUUUUUUGUUUGUUUUCCCUGGAAAAGAAAAUAGGGGAAAACCUUCUGUUGUCUAGAAUGAUGUUUAAAAGCAGCCUCCCUCAUAUGCGUCAGUCUUGAUAACAAUCACCCUUAGGCCUCUACUUCAGUAGGUUUUGCAUUUCUGACUGUAAAAGUGUUCUCCACGCAGCUUGGAGUGUGUUAAGAUUGCGAGAUUUGGCUUUCUGAAGUUCUUACACAACAUCUGGGAAAGUGCAGCAAUAAUGGCCUCAUUUCCUCCAUGGCCCUUUUGAAGGCAUUACAAAUAUACAUCUCAAUUAGGUCCUUAACUUAAAAAAAAAAAUAAAACAAAAAAACCCCCCAGAUGAGUAGAUCCUGUUCCAAAAGAACACACUGCUUCAAAAGGCGUAAGGGGAUGCCCAAACAGGGCAUUCAAAGUAAACUUCCUUCUCUGAAUAAGAGCACACAAAUGUUCCAGCCACAUUUUAGCAGGUUUUGACCCUUGGAAUUCAGUAUUCCAUUCAGUAGACACAGGUUUUUGGCUACAUUCCUAAAUAAACUUGCAUUGAAGCAAGUUGCAGUGAAACCGGUGGAUCUUCCUUCCAAGAAAAUGGUUGGCAUCUGCAGAUAUUCUACAUUAAAACAAAAACAAGCUUAACUAUGUGGGACAGCCAUUUGCUUUGUUCAAGACCUUGUGCAAGAAUGUGACAGAAGGAAAACAAGGUUGCAUUUCGAAAAUAUAUUUUGCACGUGUGUGGGAGCUUAUUUUUACAGUUAUAUAGAAAUGUAUAUAGUGGAUGUGGUAGUAUUUGGAGUUGCUACAAACCUCAUUCUUUAUUUUACUCGCUGGUUCCUCCUAGGCUAUGUGUUUAGGGCUGAGAUACAUGCAUCCUUUUGUUAAUCCUGCAGACUGUUCAUUUUUAUCUCAGGAGCACGUUAAGGAAUAUUUUGAGGAGGAGACUUUGCGCUCAGAAAUGGCUUUUUACUUGCUAUUUUCCAGAGCAGAGUAACCUUACCUUAGCUGCUAUUAUAAUUGAAAAAGUCAGCUCUCUUGAGUUAGCAUGAUUAUUAUUCACCAUAUUUUAUUUUCCUCUGAACAUUGUGUGCACAUAGUCCAUACUGAAUUACUCUCAGGUGACAGAAAUCAUGUGUCAGCAUCUCUUAUUCUUGGAAUAGCUCGAAGUAGAAGAAAUCAAUUUUUUAUUACUUCUGUUGCUGUGUUUAUUAAAAUGAGAAGGCUUCUUGGUUUGGUUCCAUAUUAAAACAGGAACUCUGAGAUAAGGGGUGGGGGUGGGGACAACCCAUAAGUACGUUCAUGCACUCCACUAAGUUUAAUUGACAUAAUAGUCGACACAGUAGUGUAAAGUUGGGAGGAUUUGAAGGUCAUUUACUAAUAAUUAUUUGUACUGAGAGGGACUCCUACAGUCCAAACCAAGCCCUACAUCAUGGGUAGGCAAACUAAGGCCCGGGGGCCGGAUCUGGCCCAAUUGCCUUCUAAAUCCGGCCUGCAGACGGUCCAGGAAUCAGCGUGUUUUUACAUGAGUGGAAUGUGUGCUUUUAUUUAAAAUUCAUCUCUGGGUUAUUUGUGGGGCAUAGAAAUUCGUUCAUCCCCCCCCCCAAAAAAAAUAUAGUCCGGCCGCCCACAAGGUCUGAGGGACAGUGGACCGGCCCCCUGGUGAAAAAUUUGCUGACCCUUGCCCUACAUGAAUGCACAGUUAACUUUCGGGUUUCACUACUUGAAAACAGGGUGAUGGUUGCUUGGUUAGAUGGGGUUGCAGUAUCCACCUGUUCUACAAAGGAAAGGAAUCCUUCUGUUAGCUGAGGAAUCUUUGAUCUAGUAGAGGGCUCCACUAACAGUAGAGGAGGUGAGGCAGUUCCUGGAGAUUCCUUCUUCAGAUCUCUGUGCCACCACCCAUGAAAGGGGCCGUUAACUCUCUGCAGCAAAUUUCCAGGGGACACAGAGAUCUUACUCCCUUCUUCUGUUAGCAAAGGCAUCCGCUGAAUCAAAAGCCUGUCCGCACACAAAAUGAUUCAGUUUGUGCUUCAUAUAAAAGGGCUAGAUCACCUGUGAUACUUCAGGUGUUACUGGACUACAACUCCCAUCAUCUUCCCAUUGGCCUUGCUGUCUGAGUUGAUGGGACCCAUCGUCCCAACAACAAAUGAAAGGUUGCAGAUUUCCCCAUCCCUGUGCUAGGCAAAUCUUUGAAGGACCUUCCAAUGGUUGUGAGUUUAGUGGAACAGCUGUGCUCAAUGGCGGUACAUUUCCAGUGUUACCAGAUUCCAGGGUAAAAAAAACAAAAGCCAGUGGUCACAGUCAUGUCAAGUGUAUACCUUUGCUGAUCUGUAUCUUUGACUACUUAUGGAAAAGCUAAUGCUAGACCUAAAUGGAUCUUGCAAAGAUCCAGCAAAGGCAAUCCUUACAUCUAGAAUAGAGACCGACAGAAUACAUUUAAUUAGUGGUUAAGCAAUCUUGCUUCAUUUACAUGAUGCAGCUACCCAGAUUAAGCUUUUCUUGACUGCGGUAUUUGGAUUUACUUUAUAGGUUAAUUAACACUUGCUUUUGUUUUUUGUUCAUCCACCAUGGUGAAGAGAAGCUUAGAAUUGUAAGCUAUUUGUAUUUCAAAUAACAGGGAAUAGGAUCAAAUUACUUCAGGGGCACACAAUGAGGAAUUCAUGGGGAUUAUGUCAGUACACACAACAGUGACCUAGCUAAGCAUGGCUCCUUUUCCUAAUGUGAGCAGGCAUGCUUCACGUUCUCUUAAGACACCUUUGAAGCUUUCUUACCUGCUCUCAUUGGCAUUUUAUUAUGGCCUGUCAUCUUGAAUCUAGUGUAAAAUAUCAAGGUGAUUACCCAGCUAAUGGCAUCUUGACCACCAGCAAUUAUUUUGGAAAAGAACUUCCUUUUGACUUCAUGUAUGGUGGGUUCUGUGUGUGUGUGUGUGUGUGUGUUUUAAGAGAGAGAAACAGUCUGCAACCCAGUUUAAAAACCAAUUUUACAAUUCUAGUUUGUGGUUUUUAAGACCCCCAAUUUUAAAUAUGUACCUCCUAAUAUUCUUAGCUUGUUGUGAUAUCCAUGUACGCACAUGGCACUGGAUCAUAGGAAGAGAGCACAAAGAUUGUUUCAUGAGCUCUUCAAAUUCUUGCUGAUUUAGUAAUGUUGGUUUAUUCCAGGUCAAGCAUUCAUUAUUUUGCUGCCUUGCAGUUCUUAAAAGAUGUUCAUGCUGAUAAGCCAGUUUAUACUAGUUAUCAUUGUCUUGUCUGUAGCUUCAUGGGCUCACACUGUACCAGGAUAUCUGGCAAGUCUUCAGAUGGAACUGAGCAGAAAUGGGGCUGCUUUUCUGCUUUAUUGAUUCAUAUAAGAUCUUUAGCAAGGCUAAAAUUGAAUCAAGGUCCUGAUUCUCAAAAACCUUGUACUAAUAAAGCAAUUCUGAAGCAGUUCUAGGGACAUGAGAAACAUCUGUCCAAAGUUCAUGAAUAAUGAUUUUUUCAGCCAAAUUUUUACAUGAACUGCCUGAGUUCCCACUUUCAGUGCCUUGUUGUAGAGGAAAUGAAAAGAAAUCUGUUGCUCUUAGGUGAAGAUUGGAGAGAAGUAUGGAAGAAGCUUCCUACAAGCAGUGCAGAUAAUUUAAUUAUGUGCUCAAAAGUUUGCCAUAUGGACUAUUUCCCUAGAUUUGGAGGAAACAAAAGAAAUAAGAAAAGGGAACUGGAGUGGGAUAAAGUUGAUCACUGUAUUAUUUUAGUUAUCCAGACUUCGGAGGUAAUUCCAUCAUGCAGCCUUCUACAUGCCCGGUAUUUUUCUUCUAAUCAUCAGGAAAAUCAGCUGACUUGGAUUUCCAAUCCAGCUGUUGAUUGCAGCUCUGAAGAAUGGAGCUCCAUUGCAGAAGUGUCCACUCUGUCUUUAAUUGCAGUUAUGCAUUUAGUAAUCACAUGUAUAGGACACACUUGACAUAUAGGAGUCCGUCCCCCCCUUUAUUUGCUUGUGUGAGGUGAAAAUGUUUGGGACUGGCACGCGUGCCUGAAGCACAAAUUGGUUAAUCUCCCAUAGAUCUAAGGAGCCACAUCAAAAGGAAUUAUGUCAAUCUGGUUUACAAAGCGUAAUGAAAUUGUUCGUGUUUAUCUGUCCUGUUAAUGUACUUACUGCUUGAGAUACACUUACACUUCCUUCAAGCCCUGAGAUGCCAUUAAGCACAAUCAACUUUGGGGCCAUGUUCAACAUUCUUGGGCACACAGACCCCCCCACCCCCAGUAGAGGGAAAUGUUCCAUGUGCUCUUUGGCAUUUCCAAUAGCCUAGGAAUCUGCGCUGUACUAAGUCAGUUCAUUGGUCCACCUACCUCCGUACUGGCUGUACUGACUGGCAACAACUCGCUAAGGUUUCACACAGGAGUUUUUCCUUGUCUGGAGAUGUCAUGAAAUAGACCUCAAACCUUUCUGCAUGCAGAGCACUGUGAUCUGCCACUAAGCCACAGCCAUGUUAGUUGCAUUUCAUUCUGACUGAAAUAAAUUAAAAUGGAGGCGUGUCCCCCCCACAUUGAUUUAAAUGGGAUCCAAGUGCAGCUAACUCAGUCUGGAUACAACCCAAUGUAUUUCAUUUUCAUAGAGGUGAAUGAGAAGCUUCAGCCUCCAUGGAGACCCACUGCAAAUGUUGCAGACACUGGAUCAGAACCUGCAAGACACUUACUUUUGUAGACUAGUCUAUCAAAGUACUGCUGAUUGGUUUACCCAUACUUGUUUUUAACUCGGUGGCUGGACAUGUCACGUAAUGGCUCAUACAUGUGUGUCAGUCAUCAAAUCACCACCACCAGAUUUUUCAUAACACUCAAUAUCAGGCACAAUCCUUUUCAAUGGAGAUGGCUUGCUUACUCAGCUCAAAAUCAUCAAGUGAUGAGAAAACAAGAAUAUUCUUGAGGCUGUUGUCCUGAAAAUGGUUUCUUACCCUUGCAUUACAAUAAAGCUGAUAGGAGUGAAACAUUAUCAAUAAUUUUGCCUGAAAUGUCUUUGAAAUUGUUAAACCUUUGGCCCUGGACUCCAAUCUCUUCACGAGUUUAAAGUUUCAGGACAAUCCAGGAUGUCUGGUAGACUCACAUAUUGCCAAGUAUGUCUAGAAAACUGGUCAGAAAUAAGCCAUGUUGUAUUUGUUGCAUGGUUAUAGUACAAAUCUGUAGCCGAAGCACUGAUCAAUAUAGUUGUCAGGUCCUGGAAGCCAAUGUUUAGGUUGCAAGAUUACAUGUUGAAGAAGUGAACCUCCAAAAUAGUAUUAUCAAAAAUCUGUUCUACCCACAGAACGAGCUACACAUUCAUUACUUGCCAAACCUGGCAAGGUGAUGGAGAUCUAGGACUAGGUCUUCCAUUUCUAUAUUUUUGAUUCAGAGAGUACCACCUCUUGUAGAUCAAAUCCUGAAAAUGGUAGAAGAAUCUCAAAGGCCUCUUUCUGUGUUUAUUUUCUGGAUUUCAUACACAAGGCAGUAAAGUAUAGUGGUACCUCGGGUUACAUACGCUUCAGGUUACAUACGCUUCAGGUUACGGACUCCGCUAACCCAGAAAUAGUGCUUCAGGUUAAGAACUUUGCUUCAGGAUUCAGAAAUUGUGUUCCGGCGGCUCAGCGGCAGCAGGAGGCCCCAUUAGCUAAAGUGGUGCUUCAGGUUAAGAACAGUUUCAGGUUAAGAACAGACCUCCGGAACGAAUUAAGUACUUAACCUGAGGUACUAUUGUAAAGAGGAUGUUCUUAGAGGAUUUCUUUCUCCUUUGUGACAUAAUGAUGGUGCAUAGGAUCCUGAAGGUUGCUGGGCCCGUGACCUUAGGCUGUUGAUGAUUUGCAGAAAGGCAGCUCUGGAUCCAACCUUUUUGUCUAGACAAUGUGUGUAUAUAAGCCACACUGGGUGUUACCAUAGAAGAGGCAUUUCUCUUGUGUUAGAAUGCAUGGGAAUACUUGUUUUAAAUGAUGCUUGAAGCCUGCACAUUCAUAAGUAGUCACAUAAAUAAUAGGUUUUAAAAAUGUAUAUCUAUGUCUGCUGCCCAGCUAAUUAGGAACACCUUUUCAGUCAAUUAAAAGGUUUUAGAAUUGGUUAAUCAAUCAGUUGAUCAAACAUUGCAGCCCUACUCACAACCCACCCACCCACUUCAGAACAAAAUAAUAUUGGUCUUUACUCUCCCUGUUUAAUGAGCAUUAAAUUGCAACAGAACACUUCAUUACUGUAUGAUUUUUCUCUAGUAACAAAGAGAAACUGUAUUUACUGAUGUUAAUAAAACUUGAAAGCAGAGCAGUUCAGAGCCAGAAGCAGGUAGAAGUCUAUCCCAGUGGGAGGUAUCUCACAAGUGAAUAUGAUCCCUUAAUAGGUUAUCUUUUAAAAAUGGGAGUGCUGGGAUCUUGGAAGUGAAAAUUUUCUUUUAAUAAAUACAUAUUUCAGAGUGAAAUCCUUCAAAUUGUGCAUAAGAUAAGAACCAGUGUGAUGUAACAGUGAGAGUGUUAGACUAUGACCUGGGAGACCAGAGUUUGAAUCCCCACUCAACCAUGAAACUCGCUGGGUGCCCCUGGGGCCAGUCACUGUUUCUCAGCCUGACCUACCUCACAAGGUUGUUGUGAAGAUUAAUGGGGAGGGGGAACCUUAGAGGCAAAGGAGGUAUAUAAGUGUAAUAAAUAAAUAAGUAUAAUGAUGAUGAGGAUAGUUGUGAUGCAUAUGCUGGGGCAGGUCAUUGGUCCAUCUAACCCAAUAUUGUCUACUCUGAUUGGCAGGGGGUCUCCAAAGUUAGUCAGGAAUUUCCCCCAGUACCUGUUACUUGACACUUUCACCUGAGUUGCCAGUUCUUGUUCUUUGCCACUAAAUUAUGGGCACUCCUUAUUAAGAUACAGUCCUCUACACCCUGCUUAUAAAUGUUAGUUAGAUAUGUUAGCUAUGAAAUGUUGUCUAAUUAAAAAAAACCAACAACCCUGUAGCAGAUGAUGGUGUGGGGUGUUGUAAACAAAAUCUGUCCCUUUUCCCUUAUGGGUAUCCAUAAGGGUAUUCCCUUAUGGGGUACCCAUGUGGGUUCCCUAUUGGUAGGAGAAAAUAACAGAGGCCAACCAGAGAAUAUUGAGAAGCAAAGCAGCUUGUAAGCCUGAUCUUUAUUGAACUGUUGCAACAGGGUGCUCUCCUCACACGCAGGAAGACCCAGAACAAAGGUGUGCCUCCCUUAUAUAGACAUUUUAAAUUCCCUGCCCUGGAGCUCAAGACCACCCCUCCAUACAUCAUACAUACAUCACAGAAGCGGUGUAACCCAAGACCACCCCCCACAAACAUCAUAUCUACCGUAUUUUUCGCUCUAUAACACGCUCCCAACCAUAACACGCACAUAGUUUUUAGAGGAGGAAAACAAGAAACAAAAUAUUCUAAACGUAACAGUGGAUGUAUGAUUUUUGUGGUUCAUGCUGUGGCCACAGACAUGUGAUCUGACGGUGAGUUUGGGGUAGCCCAAUGCAAAGAUCCUGAGGAUCCAUGUGGAUCCGUGCUUUGCAACCACGUUUUUGCACCACUGCGGCCCCAGGCAACAGUGGGUGCGUGAUUUUUUUGGUGCAAGCUGUAGCCAUGGACAUGCUAUGUGAUCUGAUGGUGAAUUUGGGGUGACCCAGUGCAAAAAUCCUGAGGAUCCAUGUGGAUCCGUGCUUUGUAACCACGUGAAUGAAGGAACUGUCAGUAAUGUAUGGUAUCUCCAAUACAGUGAUGAAGGUCCUCACACUUGUCCUAGGCAAAGCAGCCAACUCCUAUAGGCCUAGGUGCCUUCACCCCCCCAUUAAAUAUUUGAGGGAGUCAUCAUCCCCCAUGCUGAUGGGCAUUGCCAUUCAUAUAAGGUACCAGUGUGCAUGCACUUUGUCUUGAGAUCAUUGCAGUCUGAGAUGGGGCUUACCUGUACCUGCCCCCCCCCCCAUAUUUUAUUGAAGUUGGAAGAGGGAGGGAGGGAGGGAGGGAAGAGAGAUGGAGAGCUCACAUUUGUCCUAGGCAAAGCAGCCAACUCCUAUGGGCCUAGGUGCCUUCACCACCCCCCAUUAAAUAUUUGAGGGAGUCAUCCCCCACCCCCCAGUGUGGUAUGUGAGUGGGGCUUACCUGGCUGUCCCCCCAAUAUUUUUUGAAGUUGGAAGAGGGAGGGAGGGAGGGAAGGAAGAGAGAGGGGGAACUCACAUUUGUGCAGCUGCCUUGCCUCGAACCGGAGCAAAAAGAGGAGGAGGAGGAGACUCAGGGACACGAGCCUUGUAAGCCGCUUUGUUUGAAUUUACCGGUGAGGUGCUGGGGGAGGGACGGAAGGGGAUGCCCUCUUUGUCCCUCCUUCCGGCUCAUUGUAAAGAAAGCAGAGUAAGAGCCGCUUACAUUUGUGUAAGGGAGAGCCAUAGAGCAGACAGACACUGAGAAAGAGAGGCUGUCUCCCUUUCCCCACCUUGGCUUUUACACGCUGCGCGCAGCUCUUGCCGGCUUCCGAGCUGCCUCCCUUCUCCCACCUCGCCAAAAAGCCAUAGAGCAGGCAGACAGGAGGAAGUGAGGCUGUCUCCCGACACUCAGCUGUUGCUCAGCUGUUGCCGGCUUCUCAGCGAGCCAAGCGGAGGAAGAGAGGCUGCCGAACAGCCAGCAAGAGUGGCUCCUCCUGCCUGCAUUCGCUCCAUAACGCGCACACACAUUUCCCUUUACCUUUUAGGGGGAAAAAACCUGAGUGUUAUGGUGUGAAAAGUACGGUACAUCACAGAAAGGUGGUCUACAACAGAAAUUUGAAUGUUGUUGUUUUUCCUGUCUGCCAGGUUAUCUAAUAAAGCCAUAUCUAAUUGCCUUUCCUGGUAGUCUGCCCAUUCCUUUGAAAUGGUGAUUACCCAAUUCCUGUAACAAGGAAGGUUUUCUCACCUCCUCCCUCCUUGCAGAGAAAUGUUUAGUCAACUUGGGAGUCAAAAUGGUUUCAGCAUGGUCUUCCUGUGCUGGUCCAGACAUGUGUUCCACAUAUCUAUGUUUGUGCUUGAACAUUUAUUAUAUAUAUAAGACCUUUUUUUUAUUACAGGGGCAAUGGUGCUUGCCUGACCUCCCAGCAGCAGAUCACUGGUGUUUACUGGGAGAAAGAGGGGGGGCAGUGCAGCAAUGAGGUUGGCACUGCGCAAACACACACCUGGAGCACCAUAUUGGUUCUGCAAAUGUGUUUGCACAGUGCUGACCUGGUCCACAUUACCGUGGUCUUUCCGUUCUUCCUCCCAGUAAACAGCAGUGACCUGUCAGGAGGUCGAAUAAACACUGCCACCGCACACCACCAUUUGCUACUGAUACCAUCUGAAUCAUAGAUUUAUAGAAUUGUAGAGUUGGAAGGGGAUCACCCAUUCCAACCAGCUGCAGUGCAAGAAUCUCAACUACAUCAGCCAUGACAGGUGGCCAUCCAACCUCCUCUUUAAAAACUUCAAUGAAGGAGGUAUAUAAAACUUUUUUAAAAACCAACAACAGGGUUUCUUCAUACUUACUGCUUAAUAUGUUUCAGAUAAUGGGGGCCAGACGUUGGCAGGUGGAAACAACUGGCCAUUAAGAGGAAGAAAAUGGACACUGUGGGAAGGCGGAGUGAGAGGAGUGGGAUUUGUUGCAAGUCCUUUACUGAAACGGAAGGGAGUGGAAAGUCAUGACCUUAUCCACAUUUCUGAUUGGCUGCCAACCCUGGUGAAGCUCGCUGGAGGGUCUACGAAUGGCACAAAGCGUCUAGAUGGUUUUGAUGUCUGGAGAACAAUCAGGUAACCUCUGUUUUAGUAGGACAUUAUCCCCCUCCCCAUGGUGCAUUAUGGGCAACCAAGAUGUUGCUGGUGGCAAAAUCCUUGUUUGCCAUGUUUUCAUUUUUUUAAGAUAAACGUCCUUAAAAAUGUGAUCAGAUUUUCUUUUAAUGGAUUUAUUAACUAGCAGAAGUGGGGCAACUAAACUUAAUCAAGCUAGUAGACUCAAGCAGCAAACAUUUUGUAUGAUGCCUUGUUCAAAAAUCCAUGUAACUCAUGAGAAGGUCCUGAGAAAUAAUUUAUCACUUGAGUGUUUGCUGCUAUAAGCGGAUUUGAUUAAAUGAAUGAUAACCCAGCUGUUUGUAACAGAAAAAUUAAUUCAAGCCUGAUGCAUGUCCACUGUGUAAUCCAUCAGAAACUUUCCUGCCAAUAGUCUGAUUAAGUCAAAUUACUCAUGGGCAAGUUUUCACCUUCUAAAUUUUCCCUGUAGAAUUUCCUCCCCCCCCCCCCCCUUGCAAUCUAACCAGAAUUCCCCAGAGUGCUGGGUGUUUUAACAGUGUAAACAGAUACAUUCUUGCAUGGUUGAAAAGUAACUGGUUUUCAAUAUCACAGAGUAAACAAGAUGGAGAGAGGUGAUAAUUGCUUCAUUAAGCUAUCAGCAAUGCAGAAAGCGGUUUGCAGUCUUUACAUAGUUUCAGCAGGGGUAUUUUAUUGAAACUAUAAUGGCUGGGUUUUUAAUAGAUUGGAUUAAGCUGUCUGAGUUUUAAAAGUACAAGGGUGCACAGAAUUAUUGGUAGACCCCCCAUGGAAGAAAAAACAUCUGCAGCAAUUACAGUUUUGCAACUGACAGAGUACAUGAAAUUGACCACAGUCUCCUCCUUCCUUGACUCUGUCAUGCAUCAGUUCCUUACAACAGCUUUCUAUUAGAGCUAUUUAAACUAUUUUUGCCUGCCUGGGGUGAUGUUUUUAUUAUUCUAUCUGGUUGGACAGGCAUCUCCAGAGAUGUUGUGGAUAUUGAAUAUCUUCCUGUGUUGGAACAAAGGGUUGUACUGCAGGAACCAUUGGGUAUUCUCCAGCAAUCUGAUUCUGUGAACUUUCCCAAGUGCUGCAGACCAACCAGGGUUUUGGUUGGAUAAGGCAUUCUUGAUAAAGUUGAAAGCAUAGCACUCAAUUUCCUUUAGAAAGUUUUUUCCCACUAGCUGCAGCUAGUACAAAAUGUUUUCACCCCCCUCUUGGUGAAUCCAGAUUGCUGGGGGCAUUAAAAACCUGCUCCCUACUGGUUGCAAUGACUACCUGUCAGUUUCCAGGCAUAAUUCAAGGUACUAAUUAUGUUGCACAAAGCCCUAUAUAUCUAGGGAGCUGGGUACUUUGUACAGCAUCCCCCCCCACAUGACACCCUUCUCCCAUAAAAUUUAGAGAGGCCCUGAUCCAUUUCCCAUGAGGACAAAUUUGUUGACUUAGGCAACUGUAUUUUUCUUUAGGGUGCUGCAACAUUAUGUUGUAUCCAAGUACUUUCUAAUCAGAGUAGAUCCAUUUACAUUAAUGAACCGAAGUUAGUCAUACCCAUUAACUUCAGUGGGUCUACUCUGAGUAGGACUAGCAUUGGACACAACCCUUUGAAACGCUUCCCCAAAAAAGUCCUCCUGAGCUCCUACCUUUAGUCAUUUUGGCUGAGAGCCAAAGAAGUCAUACUUAGAACAGACCAAUUGAAAUAAAUGAGCUUAAGUCCCAUGAUUUUAUUGUAUUUUAUAGUAAUUUUUCAAAUUGUAACAACAAAUUUUCCACAAAUCUUAAUUGAACAAUUUAUAUAUCCAUAUUUCUCCCCUCCCCCCUCUUUGGCUUCCCCAAUAUUUCUGUAUUGAUUUAUUAAACAAAUUCUAUACCCUGCUGGUUUUACCUCUUAUAUAAUAAUAAUAAUAAUAAUAAUAAUAAUAAUAAUAAUAAUAAUAAUAAAUUUUAUUUAUAUCCCGCCCUCCCCAGCCGAAGCCAGGCUCAGGGCGGCUAACAACACUAAAAUAGUGCAACAUUAUAAAAACAUUAUAAAAAUUAAUUAAAAUCAAAAUUGAUGGCAACCAUAAACUAAAGUUUUGUAAAGAUUGCCAAAGGAGGGAGUCAGGCUGCGCCCUGACCAAAGGCCUGGUGGAACAGCUCUGUCUUGCAGGCCCUGCGGAAAGAUGUCAAGUCCUGCAGGGCCCUUGUCUCUUGUGACAGAGCGUUCCACCAGGUUGGAGCCGCAGCCGAAAAAACCCUGGCUCUAGUUGAGGCCAGACUAACCUCUCUGUGGCCUGGGACCUUCAAGAUGUUUUUAUCUGAAGACCGUAAGUUCCUCUGUGGGGCAUACCAAGAUAGGCGGUCCCGUAGGUACGAGGGUCCUAGGCCGUAUAGGGCUUUGAAGGUUAAAACCAGCACCUUAAACCUGAUCCUGUACUCCACCGGGAGCCAGUGCAGCUGGUAUAGCACCGGAUGGAUGUGAUCUCGCAGCGAAGACCCUGUAAGGAGUCUCGCUGCGGCAUUCUGCACCCGCUGGAGUUUCUGGGUCAGUCUCAAGGGCAGCCCCACGUAGAGCGAGUUACAAUAAUCCAGUCUGGAGGUGACCGACGCGUGGAUCACAGUGGCUAGGUCAGGGCGAGAGAGGUAAGGAGCCAACUGCUUAGCUUGGCGGAGAUGAAAGAUGCCGCCUUUGUUAUAGCUGCAAUCUGCGCCUCCAUGGAGAGGGAGGUAUCGAAGAUUACACCCAAACUCUUAACGGACGGUGCUGGCACUAAUUGCACCCCCACAAGAGAUGGGAGUUGCCCCCUCAAUCCCAUAUCGUCCCGUCCCAGCAGAGGACCUCUGUCUUCGAAGGAUUUAGCUUCAACGGGCUCCCACGUAACCAUCCAGCCACAGCUUCCAAACAUCUGGUCAGUGUGUCUGGGGCCGAGUCAGGAUGGCCAUCCAUCAACAGAUAGAGUUGGGUGUCAUCAGCAUACUGAUGGCAACCCAGCCCAAAACUCCGAACAAGCUGGGUGAGGGGGCGCAUAAAGAUGUUGAAAAGCAUCAGGGAGAAUAUCACACCCUGGGGCACUCCACACACCAAGGAGUGGCGGGAUGACAAUUCCCCCCCCAAGCGCCACCCUCUGUCCCCGACCAGAGAGAAACGAGCGCAGCCAUUGAAGGACUGUGCCCUGGAUCCCCACGUCAGCAAGGCGGUGGUCCAGGAGUUCGUGAUCGACCAUGUCGAAGGCUGCUGACAGGUCUAGAAGAAUCAGCAGCCCCGACCCGCUUCGAUCCAGCUGCCUGUGGAGAUCAUCUGUUAGGGCGACCAGAGCUGUCUCGGUCCCAUGACCAGCGCGGAAGCCGGACUGGAAUGGAUCCAGAGCCGAUGUUUCAUCCAGAAACCUACCAAGCUGUUCAGCAACCGCUCUCUCAAUCACCUUACCCAGGAAUGGAAGAUUCGAAACCGGGCGGUAAUUGGAUAGAUCUAAGGGGUCUAAUGAUGUUUUCUUUAAGAGCGGGCGCACCACUGCCUCCUUCAGUUCCCCUGGGAAUGUCCCGGUGCCAAGGGACAAAGUGAUGAUAUCCCCCAGGGGGGCCCGCACCUCGUCUGGACACGCUCUAAUCAGCCAGGACGGGCACGGGUCGAGAGGACAAGUGGUGGGCUUUCCAGCUCAGAGGAGUCUGUCCACAUCGGCUGGGGAUAUCCGGUCAAAGUGGUCCAAUACUGGACCCGAGGACAGUCGAGGGGCCUCCAGUUCCUUUAUUGUAUCCAAAUUGGCAGGGAGGUCAUGGCGGAGCAACAGGACCUUCUCCGCAAAGAAGCUCGCAAAUGCCUCACAGCUGUGUGUCAAAUUGUUAUUUAAAUUUGGCUGUCCUUUGAGGGACGUUAAAGACCGAAUUAUACUAAAUAAUUGCGCCGGGCGAGAGCUAGCGGAUGCAAUGUUCUUGAAGCUCCGUCACGGGCACCCCGCCAUACUCGCUCUAGCCAUCUGAGAUCCCGCUUCAUUUUCCAGAGCUCCUCGGUAAACCAGGGAGCCCGGUUUCUGCGGGGUCACAGAGGGCGCUUAGGUGCGAUCUCAUUGAUGGCUGCCAGGAGCUGGGUAUUCCAGCCCUCAACAAGCUCAGUCAAUGAGUCGCCAGGGGGUGAAAGGUCCCGCAAGGCUUGACGGAAUCUAUCAGGGUCCAUCAGCCUCUGCAGGCGAGCCCAAAUCGGUUCGGCACCUAAGCAGGGUGGGGGUGGAACGUCAAUCCUGGCUUUCAGAGCGUAGUGAUCAGACCAUGGCACCUUCAUCGAAGGAAACAUGAUCACAUCUAUACCGACGCCAAAGAUCAAAUCCAGCGUGUGGCCUGCUUGAUGUGUGGGGCCCGAAACAAACUGGGAGAGCCCUAGUGUUGCCAUGGAAGACACCAGGUCCAGAGUCUGUGAGGAGGGAGUGGCAUCAGCAUGGAUGUUGAAGUCCCCCAAUACCAAUAGGUUAGGGAACUCCAAGGCCCAGCCGGCCACCGCCUCCAGCAGGCCUGACAGGGUGGCUGCUGGUGCACUAGGUGGCCGGUACACCAGCCAGACAGCCAAGCUCACCUCGGAGCCCCACACUAGGCCAACACAUUCAAUGCCGGGGAUCGAUGGCGAUGGUAGAGCCCUGAAAGAACAAUCUUCCCGGAUUAAUAAUGCCACCCCUCCCCCCCCGGCCCACAGUCCGCGACUGGUGGAGGACGGAGAAACCCGGGGGCGCCAUCUCUCGUAAGGUAACAGUAUCCCCUUCGCGCACCCAGGUCUCUGUCACACAAGCCAGGUCAGCCCCCUGUGAGAUGAAGAAAUCUCGCAGGGCGGCAGUUUUGUUGCCUAUAGACCUGGCAACACCAGUGACGGAGGUGAGUAAUCCUUGCUCACUCUACCCUCGUCUCUCGGGAUGGGGCGCAGAUUGGAAGGGGUACGAGCAUAUCCGUAUCUCGAUCCCCUUCGCCUAUGACAUCUGCCCCCACCGCCAUACCUCCCUCGCCAUACCCCCACAGUAGGAAUCCCAAGCCUCAUACUCGCCUCCAUUUACAAAAUAUAAAAGCAAACAAACAAACAAAAAACAAUUACACCAAAACAAAACCAAUCCCCACCCCACUCAACAACCAUCCCACCCCAACCCAAAAUAAAACAAAACAAAAUAAAAAUACAUGGAUAAAAACCACCGUUUAUGGUGGUACAACAAAGUAAAAAGUAAAAACACUUUUAAAACACUUUAAAAUAUAUAAAAACGUUUUAAACAUUUGCUGCAGCAGCACCAGUGUCCUUAAAGUUGUGGUGGUGGUGAGUGUGGGCCCCGCCCCCUGGCCUGGUGAAGUGGGCUUGCAGGGGGAAGAGCCCUCCCCACAAACUCACGGCAGAGCGGCAGCAGCAAUGUCCCAAGGCCUCCUUGGAGCCUUAUAUGCUGAGGUGGAGUAUGGGGCCCGCCCCCAGGCCCAAGGUGGAGAAUGGGCUUGCAGGGGGAGCGGUCCUCCCCACAAACUCACGGCGAAGCGGCAGCAGCAAUGUCCCGAGGCCUCCUUGGAGCCUUAUAUGCUGAGGUGGGGUAUGGGGCCUGUCCCCAGGCCCAAGAUGGAGAAUGGGCUUACAGGGGGAAAGUUUAUAUAGUUGGGAAAGUUUAGUCAAAACGUGCCAAUGGGUCCAAAUCUUUAUACUGUCUUUUUAUAUGGUAUAUAAAUGGUUCCCACUCCUUUUUGAAAUCCAUGUUGUCUCUCUCAUGUAUCCUCCCUGUCAGCUUGGCCAGUUCCUAUGAUUUUAAAUGAGUCUACUCUGUAUAUGAUUAACAUUGGGUAUCACCAGAAAGCAAGUGAAAACCAUUUUGUUUUACAUUAUUUUUAUUGCUAGUUUUAUGUCUUCUUGUUUUAUUGUGUGGUAAAUGUUUUCUAAAUAUCUUGCAUUGACUUACUGUGUUUUAUAACUAUUGGGUAGCUAAAAAGAAUGUUGUUCUUUGCAGCCCUGGCUUGAUUUCAAGACACAGCUGCAAAGGAUCUGCAAAGCCAUAGCUCAAGCCACUCCUGCAAAGGAACAGUUUUUGUUUGUAGGCAUGACUUGAAAUCAAACCACAUAUGCAAAGGAAGAAUUGGGAGUGGACUUUCCUUUGAUGUUCUGCCUUCUGGCCUCAUGUUUACAUUGGACUAUUGACUGGUAGGUGGCCCUGCACAUCUAUCCAAGUGGGAAGUUGGUGGUGGAAAGUUCAGUCUGGCUCAGUUCCCCUUCUCUGAACUAAGUUCCACUCAGAAUAAAAAGGUAAAGGGACCCCUGACCAUUAGGUCCAGUUGCAGACGACUCUGGGAUUGCGGUGCUCAUCUCGCUUUACUGGCCGAUUGAACCAGCAUAAAGCUUCCGGGUCAUGUGGCCAGCAUGACUAAGCCGCUUCUGGCAAACCAGAGCAGCGCACGGAUAUGUCGUUUACCUUCCCACCAGAGUGGUACCUGUUUAUCUACUUGCACUUUGAUGUACUUUCGAACUGCUAGGUUGGCAGGAGCAGGGACGAGCAAUGGGAGCUCACCCUGUUGCAUGAAUUCGAACCACUGACCCUCUGAUUGGCAAGCCCUAGGCUCUGUGGUUUAGACCACAGCGCCACCCGCGUCCCUUUUUCCACUCAGAGUAGACCAGUUUAUGUUAGUCAUGCCCAUUAAUUUCAGCGGGUCUGCUCUCUGUAUGACUAACCCAUUAAUGUGAAUCCUUUGAGUUUCCACUUUGUGUGAAGAAAAGCCUUGUGUAACAUCUAAUAGUGGCCAUGUGCAAGCAGAACAGACUUCCACUUGUGCAAUGAGACUUCCUCUUCCCCUCCUUCACCCUCCUUAUGCACCCCAAAUCUCUGGUUGAUUGGCUCUCUUCAGCAGAUUUGGUGGGGCCACAGGAGCUGCAGGGUGGGGAGGAGAAAGGAAAAAGCGAAGUCCUGAUGGCUGAAUAAAAGCCCACUUCCCCAAUGUUGGAUUUUGCCAAUGUACGCAUUCCUGAAAUGCAUAACUAAAAUUAAUUGGGCUCCUGAUUACUCUGAGUAUAACUUAGUUCAGGGUUGGGGAACUGAAUCCAGCCUGAACUCCCCACCACCAUGGAUCACUUUCCUAGAUGGGAAGGGCCACCCACUUGUCAAUCAUGUGAUGGUAACCAUGAAACCAGGAGGCAGAGCUUCAAAGGAAAGUGUGCUCCCAAUUCUUCUUUUCUUCUUCUGGCUUGGUUUUGGUACAGGACAAACAAUAUCCUGUUUAAAUUUCUGAGCAGCUUUGCACACUUAAUUAGUUAACAGACUUCCUUUUUUCUUGAGAGAAUCGCAAAAGGAAUGAUUGAAAUAGCUGGGCUAGGAUUCUGUUAAACUGUAGAAAGAAAUUUAAUGCCUUUCCUAAUAAACUUUAUUCUAGUGAAGGCGAACCUUCCCCCAGAACGGAGCUGCUUCAUAACAUAGACCCGAUUUUUGUGGAUCUGUCUCCAUGUAAGUCUACCAUUAUUAAUUCCUGGAACUUUUGGACAGGUCCUUGAGGCCCAGUUGGGGGGCUGGGGGUUCCCCUAUCAAUGUAGUUUUUAUUUUUCUCUCUGGGUGAAGAAUUUAAAUCAGGCUGGACACCAGCCAUUCUGCCACUAUGCCAUAAAGUGUUGCAGUGAUCUCAUCUUCAGAGCACGGUUAACUACACUCUAAAUCAUUCCCAGAGUCUGUUGCGUUCUCUCGUGCUCCAAAGUUGCUCAUAUGUAAAUCAUAAUGCAGCCCAGAGUGUAGAGCUGUUGACAGAUAACCACAUGCUCCAGGUACAUAGUGGGGCACCGUGCCAAGGACCAAAAUGCCCCCAGCCCUGAAAAGUGGCGGUUAUCUUCCGAUAGUUGGGGAUAUACAUGCACAUGCCGUUUUCUUGUACAAUAAAGCUCUCUUGUUAACCUAGCAGAUAGAGAGAAAGGAGGGGGGCUCUAGUUCCUACGUGGCUGUGAAGUUCCAAGUCCCAUGGCUGCUUUCAUGCUGUAAUCAUGAGAGAUGGGAAGCUUUGCCAAUUCUGCUUCUCCACUUAAACACUGUCUGUUUUACAACUCUGCCCAGCUAUUUCCCCCCCCCCCUUUUCCUUUUUGUUAUUUUGCCAGAGACUAAGCUUUUCAAUGUGGGGAUUGUUUAAGAAGAUUUUCAUUGGAACAUAUCCUUUUUACACUCUCUCUAAGUUCCUUAAUGAAAUUACUAUGUAAUAACAAAGGGGUGUCCAAAACCACAGAUGGCAGCCCUCCUCGCGUGGUUCUCCCCAGGCUUUGUGACUCUGCCUGCGGCCUUGCACGGUCCCUUUCAGGCUCCCCCACCCCCCGCCAAGUUGAAAGUCGAGGAAGCAAAAGAGUGGACUGGGGUUGCACUCUGUGGGAGCCUGGGCUUCACGUUCUUUGCUGCCCUUUUGCCUGUAGCAAUUGAAGACAAGUGGCACAGGGGACAAGCAGUUGUGCAUGUGUGUGCGAGAGAGUAGGAGAGGGAGAGGAGGCAGAAAUAAAAUGAAGUGUGGCUCAGGGCCAGGACAAAAAGCAUACAUCCUCCUAAGUCAUACAGCCUCCAAGCAUGUAUUUUAGCCCUUCUAGUUCUGCAUAAAGUUUUAUGAGGUUUUGCCAGGUGGGACUUGCUGGCACACUCUGCAUGGCCUGGAAGCCACAUGCUGCACAACUUCCCUUGGCUGUAUGGGGCCUUCUCUGGGUUCUUUGGGGGCUGUGUUUUGCAAGGGCUGCCUUAAAUAGUUUGCUGCAGGUGACAGCUGCUGUUCCAAGAAAACUGACACAGAUGUCAUAGGCUGGCUAGACCCAGAGGAAUGGUGGGAGGCAGCAGCUGGGGAACCCCCUGGGAAGAGGAGGUGUCAGAAGCUGAACAGAUAAAAGGGUUUAGUGAGCAGGGACAGUCUGUGGCAGAGAGAAGUGCAGAAGCUGGAGCAGGAGAAGAGGGAGGCCAAGAGGCAGAGAUGAGUCAGACUGAUGAAGAAGCCAAGGUAUCUCCCACUCUUGCUGUGACAAAUUCCCUUCUCCCCUGGUCUCCCAGAACCAGAAGAGGUAUGAAGAGGGAGGAGCAGAGACAGACUCAUCAAGAGAGUCUCAGAUUGUUUGGGAAGGACCUAGAGGAGGAGGAGUCUUAGACAGCUAUGGGAAGGUGGGGGUCUUCAGCCUCCACAACUGUAUUGGUAGGCAAGUGUUAGUGUGCUCGUUAGGCCUGGCUCCCCUGAGCAAGCCUUGUUUCUUCUAAUAAAGAAUUAACUUCACAUACUCCAUGUGAUUUAUUGCUGGCUGGUUCCCUGACAAAAGCUGCAAAUGAGUCAUUUGUGACCUGUUCCCCCCCCCAUAUUUUGUGUAUUGUAUUUAUAUCCCACCUUCACCCCCUUCUGUAGAAUGCAAGGUAGCAUCUAUAGAGUUUGUAAGCAGUCUCAUCCAUACCCUGACCCAGGGCCAGAUUUAGGUUUGAUGAGGCCCUAAGCUACUGAAGGUAAUGGGGCCCUUUAUAUGUCCAGCUGUCCUUUGUCAACAACAAAUUGUUGCUGUUUUUUUGUGUUGAAUAUAUGUUAUAUGGUAAUUUAUGGACCUAAUAGGUAUCUAAAGCCAUUUGCACAUAACAAAAUACGUAAUUUAUCAAAGUAAUUGUUGAACUGAAAUACAAUUAAGAAGAGGUAUAUUAAUAGUGAAAUACAAUUAAAGGUAAAGGGACCCCUGACCGUUAGGUCCAGUCGCGGAUGACUGGUCACCAACUGGCCAAGGGAGUUGGUGUACAGCUUCCGGGUCAUGUGGCCAGCAUGACUAAGCCGUUUCUGGCAAACCAGAGCAGUGCACGGAAACGCCGUUUACCUUCCUGCCGGAGCGGUACCUAUUUAUCUACUUGCACUUUGACGUGCUUUCGAACUGCUAGGUUGGCAGGAGCAGGGACCGAGCAACGGGAGCUCACCCCGUCGCGGGGAUUCGAACUGCUGACCUUCUGAUCGGCAAGCCCUAGGCUCUGUGGUUUAGACCACAGUGCCACUCGCGUCCCUGAAAUACAAUUAAGAAGAAGUAUAUUUUUGGGGGGGGGCAAGAGAGUGGUGCCCUAAGCUAUAGCAUGUUUAGCUUAUACAUAAAUCUGACACUGCCCUGACCAGACCCAGAACUUCUUAGCUUCAUCUAGGUUGUUGCAUCAUGUGCCUUCAGAGUAUUGUCUACAUUGACUGCCAGCAGAUCUUUAGGAUUUCAGGCAGGGGUCUCUUCCAGCCCUACCUAGAGGUACCAGGGAUCAAACUUGAGACCUUCUUCCAGCAAAGUGGCUGCUCUACCAUGAGCUGUUGCUCUUCUACCUCUGAGAGUAAGAAAGAGACGGGUUCCAAGCCACAAGGAAUGGCCUUCAGGAAGUGUUUAGCCGUACCACCUAGCAGUUUGAAAGUUAUACAGUAAUUUUGGAUUUGAUACCUGCCUAAAGCAGCUUCUUAUCUGUACAGAAGGAACAUGAGUACAUGUUCCAUUAUUGGCUGGGUCAUUACUCCGAGCUGGCUGGUUCUAAUCCUGGCUGUUCCAACUUCUCUCAAAAGAAUCCUGUCUAUUGGUUCCCAUUAUGAAUGUCACUUUCUAACGCAGCUCCUCUUCUGGAAUCCAUAUUCUGUGGUGCUAGUUGAACCCAGAUGAGUUGACAGUUGACAGUGAUUUCAUCGUUGUAAACAGCUUAGAAGCCAUUUUGGCAUAUGAGGGUGUGUGUGUGUGUGUGUGUGUGUGUGUGUGUGUUUCUUCCCUACACCUCCCUGUCCCAAUUUUGAGCAAUACAGUAUAUCUCAAGGCAAUGAGAGUUUCUGUAUGAAUAGCAUUCUGUAUGAAUAGCGCUUGACACUUAAGAAAAGCAACAACCCAGCGAAACAUCACAAAAAUGCAUCAUCUUUAUUUAUGCACCCAGCUGACAUCAUCUGUCAUUCUUUAGGUUCUCUUGCAUCAACAUCUGCUACCCAGGCCAUCCUUUCCACCUUUUUCUUACUACAGGAGAAUGUAGGAGCAGUCGGGCCCGAGACUUGUAUUCACUGGGAUUUUUUGACACUUUUACAACAAUGCCUUCUAUUAUAAGGAUUCUCUGCAUUAUUUGUUCACUCUGCUUUAAGAAAAUUAUUGCAUGCAAAGCUACCAGAGCUUAAGCAAUGAGUUCCCAGCAGCACUUACCUGGUUUGCCAGCAUGGGUGUCACUCCAUCUUACUAGGAGGGGCUAGUCUGGCACAGUGAGGAUGCAUUGCUGGGAGCACCAGAUUUGUUCUGCCAAGGCGUCUGCACUGUGAUGAUCUCCCAGCUGCGUGCACCACCUCUUCCAGUAAGCUGCAGUGACACCCAUGUCAGGAGGCCAGGUAAGCAUGGCUGCUUCUCACAUUCAUGAAUUCCAGCCAUGAGGAAAGAAAACAGCUUUGUACGUGGCAUCUGGAUCUCAGUGCCAUAGUGAGGGCCAUAGCUUAGUUGCAGACCCUCAGCUAUGCAUACAGAAGGUGCUAGGUUCAUUCCCCAGUAUCUCUCAGUAGGGUUGGGGGAGAACGUGGUUUGAAAUCCUGGAGAGUCACUGCCACCCAGUGUAGGCAAUAUUGAUCCAGAGGUAACAAUGGUUUGGCACAGUUUAAGGCAGCUCCCCAUGUUCUUUUGCACUGGCCCUCUGUCCGUGCAAAAGAAAAUGGAGGCUUUGAUUCUGCCUUCUCACCAAACAGAUGGUUGAGAGUGUGUUGGGCAAAUUCUGUCCUGCGUGAGUCUUUUUGGUACAGGGAAAUAUGUGCACAGCUACAGUCUAUGCCAGUGUUUACUCCUGUUGGACUGAGACAAAGGUGUGUGAAGCAACAUCACUUUAAAACACAUUGUACACAGAAAAUAUCUGUGGAACUCAUUUUAAAACUGAAAAAUAAUUAUACCUUCAAAAUUUCUCCUCGACUUGCAGUCUUUCUAGUCAAAUGCAACUCAUCAACCAUGUAUGUAUGGUGGCCUGCCAGGACCAUAGCAGCCCCGUUUGUUUGCAGCCCCAGACUGGUACUGAAAAUUGCAACUUUCUCAAGUCCCUUCUGGGAGCGCAUACAUGGCAGGUAGUCUGCAUUCAGUUUAGUAGAUCAAAAGUUUUGAAGGCUGCUUUGGGUGAAAAUUGAAGGGACCAGUUGCUUUGCAUUACACACUUUAUUGUUCUAAUUUUAGCCAUAAUAAUUUAGCAGGUUUUUUUAAAAGACUGUUUUUGGAAAACAUAUUAGGAUGUUAGCAACUCAGGCUAUUAGAAGCAUACGUCAUGGUCAUAGUUCUCAGAAUAGUCAACCUAUUUUCAGAUUAUGAGUCUGAGCAUCACAGCUCUUGAAUAGGUCAGUAGGUUUCUUUACAGACACUCAAAAAUCACUGUCUCAACACAAACUUGCCCUCCACAGUUGCAAUGGCAGAUUUCUGGAAGGAAGAUUAUUUGCGCCAAGUAGAAUACAUGUAGGUUCAAGCUCACCACAGAAAAUGAUAGAUCUGGGAACAAUUUUACUGAGCAUGAGUGUUGCUAACCUCUCUUGGAAUAACUUGCACCUUUUCCUCUCAUGUUUCUGCCCAUUUCUGAACAGUAGGGGGGAGGUGAAGAAAGAACAUAAUAACAUGGGAAGUACUCAGCUAUGAUAUAUGUUCCAUUCAGAGAUAUUGACCUCUAUGCAUUAUGUCUGCUUUUGAGGGUCAAACUAGACAUGACAGUGGCAGCUUCAUUCUGCCCUGUUGACUCAGGAGCAUAGGAACCUGUAAAUGCACAGGAGAAAUCCAUAGGAGGAGGGGGACACCCUGUAACCACAAGGACUGAGGAUCCCCUCAAAGGACCUUCCACAGAGACACCCGCUAAAGUGCCUGUCAGGAGCAGGUCAGCAAUAAAUCACAUGGAGUAAGUGAAGUUAAAUCUUUAUUAGAACAAACUAGGGCUGUUUAGUAGCGUCAGGCCAUAUGAGCACAGCAACUCUUCUUGGUAAUCAGUACACCAAACUGGCUCCCUCUUGAACCUUCCAUGUGCUGGAAAAGACACAGGUCUCUGGCUUCUUGUGCCUGAACCUUGUUUCACUUUCUUGCUGUGUUGACUGUUGCUUGACCUUGCCUCUGGGUUACCUCUUGGACUGAUACCCUCUGUUAGACCUUGGCUUAUUUGGUCACUGCUGGGCCCCCAUAUAAUCAUUUCUUGGUGAGUUUUUUGGGCAGGAGACUUGGACCUUCCUGAAUUGGGAUCCUAUUACCUAAGGGCACCUGCUGGAGCAUGAUAAGGUAAAGGUAAAGGUACCCCUGCCCGUACGGGCCAGUCUUGACAGAAUCUAGGGUUGUGCGCUCAUCUCACUCUAGAGGCCAGGAGCCAGCGCUGUCCGCAGACACUUCCGGGUCACGUGGCCAGCAUGACAAGCUGCAUCUGGCGAGCCAGCACAGCACACAGAAACACUGUUUACCUUCCCGCUGGUAAGCGGUCCCUAUUUAUCUACUUGCACCCGGGGGUGCUUUCGACCUGCUAGGUUGGCAGGCGCUGGGACCGAACGAUGGGAGUGCACCCCGCUGCGGGGAUUUGAACCGCUGACCAUGCGAUCGGCAAGUCCUAGGCGCUGAGGUUUUACCCACAGCGCCACCCGCGUCCCAUGCUGGAGCAUGAUAGGAGACUGUAAUUAGUUGGAAAGUUCUCCUGUAGGAGCUCCAUUGGGAAAGAAUAGGAGCUGUGCCAAGGCAUAGUGCUUUCAGUGGAACUGCUGCAGGAGAUCUUCCCAUAGGUUUGUGCCUUAAAACACAAUAGGAGUUAUUGUACAUGCUCCUUAUCAGUUUGUACAACAGGGUUCGUUGAGCCUUCUUUUCUCUCUCCAAUAGUCUGGUCCAAACUACUUUUCAAAGUUUUAAAAAUGCAAUGGGACAAAGUUCUGGAGAAAAUAAGCCAUGCUAAACACAUGCUAUCGCUUGUGGACAUGUGCCCCCUGAGACUCAAUAAUGCCACACUGAAUAAGGAGUCAGUGUCUGGAGCAGGGGUCAGCAAACUUUUUCAGCAGGGGGCAAGUCCACUGUCCCUCAGACCUUGUGGGGGCCGGACUAUAUUUUUUUGGGGAAAUGAACAAAUUCCUAUGCCUCACAAAUAACCCAGAGAUGCAUUUUAAAUAAAAGGACACAUUCUACUCAUGUAAGAACACGCUGAUUCCCGGACCAUCCACGAGCCGGAUUUAGAAGGCGAUUGGGCCAGAUCUGGCCCCCAGGCCUUAGUUUGCCUACCCAUGGUCUAGAGACACACAAAUCACUUCCCUCCCUUAAUCAAUAACCUGCCUUUGCAUAUUCUCUUGGCAUUCUGCUUAAUAUUUUCAUAUGAAAUUUCAAACGGAACACUUAAUAAAAAAAGCAUGUAAUUCCCUAAUGAAUAUGCUAAUUGAAUUUGCCAUAUAAAAGAAUAAAACCACAUAAUAAGUAUAUGUUUCAAAUUAAGUGCACUUAUGUGCACUGGGAAAAGUAUUGCGAAAUGUACAAUAUCAUACACAUUUGUUAUAACUUUGCAUCGUUUCUUUAAAAACAGCUCUCCAAGUUAUUGAUGGCUUGGCAGCUGUGAGGAUGACGUCAGCUCUUCCAUUGUGAAGCCUCUGCUUUCUUUUAGAUAGUCUUAUGGCAUUUCAUCAAGUUUCGGUGAUUCAGCUGAAUUAAAAACCAACUGGCUUUGAGUCAAAAUUCCCUUAACUGCUAAACCAAACAUAUUCCUGACCACAUAGCCAAUGCUAGAUGCCCUGUCUCAUAGCAGCACUGAAGCUCUAUACCCUAUUGUAGGCAAUUGUUAUUUUUCAGAAUCUGAACUGAAUGACCUAGAGAAAGUAAUAGAACAAUUGGAACUAAGGGUUGUUAGCCAAAGUCUGUCAAUAUAUUUCCUUACUUGUCAUGGUCAUUCAUUAAUAAAACAUGAAAUAUUCACCACCUUGGCAAGACAGACAUUCUUUUUAUCAUCUUGGAGAGAAAAAGGCAGGGUUGUAUCAGAUGCUUCAAAGGACUGACUUCCAAACUUUUUUUUUUAAGGUGUUGCUAGGUAGAGAGAUGUCAAUGUAAAGCUCUUUCACCAUUGCUCAAAAUCCUAUGCAUUCUGCAAAUGGAUAAACUGACAUACAGUGGCCUGCUUGCCUACUGGUUGUAGUUGGGUUAUGGUUGUGCUUGCUUGAAGGCAUUGACCCAGAGCAUAGAAAUUAAGAGGCACUUAGUCUGAGCCAAUUUAAUCAAAAUCUGAUAUUUUUAAGGACAUUACUUGGUACGUUCUACUAAUAACUGCCGAAACAAAUAGCUGCAGGGAACAGCCAUACUUCGGUAUGAAUCUGACAACCACCCAGCACUCAUUUAAUUCAUAAUAAUUUAUUAUAUGCACAGAAACAGUGUUAAAGGUACAUGUGCAAUAUUAAAAGCUCCCUGAUUAAAAAUAACAAUAGUGAGCUUUAACUAUCCAUAGUUUCAUAGCCUCAGUGCACAGCUUGGCUUUCAGUUUGACUGAGCAACUGAUGGCAGGGUGUGUGAGCUGAUUUAUUUGAUCUGUGAAGGCGUUUGUGAGUGCUAUGAACCUUACCACUAAAUGCAUAGAGUUCUCUCCUGAUCGCAGUGGGAUUCUGUGACUUGUGAAUUAUACCGUGUACCACUGGUGUGCCACAUUCCAGUCUUGGUGGUGCGCUGUCACUUUCAACAACCUCCAUUGCCUUUUACUGGUAUUCCUUUCUAGCAGAGUGUGGACUGUGCAGUCUAGCAAAGUUUUCUACAUUGUUCUACAAAAUUGUAUGUCACAUUUGUGGAUACCUGCACAAUAUCUGUGCUCUGUUGAAUUGGUGCCAUAAUUUAUGAUGGAAUUGCCCGUAUCAUUUUUAAGUAAUACUUUAUGGUGUGUGGAUAUUUGGUUUAUAAUAAAUCACCUUUGAAUUCCAGUGACAUUAUAUAUUGCGUCUGCAAGGAACACCAGAAGAAUUUGUCUUUAUUAUGGGACAGUUAACUCCUAGGGGCCCCAUUUUUCACCAGGGCUAAAAAGAUUCUUUUGACUUAUUACAUAGCCAAAUUGAUUUGUGCCAUUCAUACUUCUUUUCACCACUGGGAAAAUAUGAAUUUGCAUAAAGAGAACAAACACUCAUUGUAAGUAGAUGGUGUGUACUGUUUUUGUGGGUCCAUAAAUGUGUGGGUGUGCUUUCUCUAAAGGAAUAAAAAUGGCUUUGCCCUUUAUGUUCAUGCACAGCUAACACCUGACAUUAUUUGAAACUUAAAAAAAUAAGUGUGUUAACAAGUCCCAUCAUUUUGAUAUGAUCUUUUCCUGCUGCUGACUUGGUGAAUUUGAAACCUUAGAAAGAUAAUGGCUGCAACAUAUAUACAGGCCAUUUGGUCUCAAACUCCCAGGAAGAUUAUCCUGUAUCCAGAUACUUGGACAUGAAGUCCUACUGGAAAGAAGCAGCUUUCAAUAAAAUGCAGUUUGGUUCAACCCUAAAAUUGGCAAUCAGGUAGAUUAUGCCUCUACAGCUUGUGAUCCACCAUGUGGAAUGCAGCCAUUAAUGUUGGUCUGCCAGAUAACCAAUGAACCUACUGUUUUUGUUUCCUUUCUGCAAUUGAAAAAUGAAAACACAUAGCCCAAGUAGAAGAACAGACCCUGAGUAGAAAAAAAGAAAAAAGAAGUAGGUUUUAUAUCAAUAAAAUAUAAAUAUCCCUCAUUAGUUUCCCUUGCCCAUUAUCCUAUAAUAACCAAUUUAAUUCCCAUAUUUUCCAUCCUAACCAGCCAUUUCCUUCAAAAUAUUGUAUUUAGAUACGUUACUGAAAAUUAAAAUUAAUUGAAUUAGCCACAUUUCCUUUUUCCAUUAGUUCACAUACUAUAGUUCUUUGUAUUACAAAAUAAAAGACUGGAGGGGAGGACCUGUAGUUUAGUUGUAUGGCUAGAGCACAUGCUCUGCAUGCAAAAGCUCCCAUGUUAAUUCAAAGUGUCUCCAUUGCAAGAGUCUUAGGGAGCAGAGAAGACCCCUGCCUAGGACCCUGGAGAACCAUUUCCAGUCACAGUAGACAGGGGUGGGUUAGAUGAACCAAGUCUUGAUUCUGUGUGAGGCAGUUAAAUUUACUCAUAUAUUUACAAUACAUAUUUUACUGAACGAGUGCUGCACCUGUAUCUGGAAGCUAGACAAGAAUCUUUUUGUAUCUUUUAACAAAGGCAGGAUAGCAACAUGAAACUCCUAAGUCUUGUGCCACCUAGUGACUACCGUAUUUUUCGCUCUAUAGGGCGCACCGGACCAUAGGGCGCACCUAGGUUUUUUUUGGGGGGGGGAAUAAAGAAGGAAAGCCAAGAUCCAUCCUGCUGGCUGUCUUGGCUUCCUCUUUAGCCACGCGCAACCACUCCAGCCGGGAGAAGCUGCGCGCGGCUUUGUUUUUAGCCGUGGGGCUGGGGACAGGGGAAGCCCGAGCUUCCCCCGACCCCAGCCCCCAAAACAGGUCCAGGAGCGGCGGCAAGAUUGCGCACAACCUCGUCGCCGCUCCCGGGGCUUGCGGGGCUGGGGACGGGGGAAGCCCGAGCUUCCCCCGACCCCAGCCCCCAGAACAGGCUGCUAUCCGCAAGCCUUUGGAGCCCGGCAGGAACUCCCGCCGCGCUCAGAAGGCUUGCGGAUAGCUGCUUGAAGCCCAGGGAGCACAGCGGCGGUUGGCGCUGCACUCCCCGGGCUUCAGGCUGCAAUCUGCAAGCCUUCGGAGCACUCCGAAGGCUUGCGGAUAGCUGCCUGAAGCCUGCAUUGGCUCCAUAGGAUGCACACACAUUUCCCCUUCAUUUUUGGAGGGGAAGAAGUGCGUCCUAUAGAGCGAAAAAUACGGUAAGCUAUAUAAUGACACUGUCCACGCAAACUUGAGGGGGGUUUUUUGCCUUUGAAAAGAAUGGUUUCCUUUUUCUCUUACAUUUGUUUCAGGAUGUUACAAAGCAUUGAAAUGAAAUCUACUUUUUUCCAAAUCCUUUGUUUGGGGAAAAAAGAGAGCAUUGGGAGGAAAAAUUUUAAGCUUUGGCAAUAUAUUGUGUAAUAACUAGAAUUACCAUUGGUCUCUUUAAUUGGUCUCUUUAAAAAAGAAAGGGAAUUGGGUAAGUUAGAGCUCAUGGCAAAACCUGAUUAUUUUAUGCUUCAGAUGUCAUUAGAAGACAGUAUCUUGGAUCUUAGCUGUUUGCCCAGUUUACGGAAGGAGAGUUGUGCUCGCAGAAAGAGUCCUGCUCCUGGAAGGAAACAUUCUGUGAGUGGAACUCUUGAAUGGCUGCUCCUUCUGUGAAAGGAGCAAAGAGGACCUAAGCCAAGAUCUGGAGCUUGCCCAGUCCAGCCUGCUACUGUUUCUUUACUUCCUUGUAAAGCCUUUCAUCUUGAACCGAAACAUCUUUGUAUAAAGCUGAUACAAUCAGCAUGUAGAAGGGUGAUUAGAUGACUGGUAUCUGAAGUUAAUAAUUCAACUGAUAUGUUAAGAUGGUUGAAGAACAUUUCUUGCUUUAAAAAAUAUAUAUUUAUCAUAUAGGCAUUGUUGGGGUGACAGUAAUAAAUAAGAGUCUAGAUAACUAGAUUUUCAUCAGUUCCUUCAAAAUCAGUAUUCCAUUAAUUUUUCAAAGGUCAAGGUCACAGCCAUUCCUCAAGCAUUCUUAUUUUAAUAGAGUAACUGAAAGUGUCUGAGUUCUGCAGAAAAUUCAUUAUCGCCAUAAAGCCGCAAAAGGUCACAAAAUGUCUUUCUUCACUGAAGUAGCAAAAAUUUUUUAUUUCUCCAAUAAUUCAUUAUCACAGUGGAGCCUGAAGGAGCCCUUGACAUUUCAGCAUCCUCCUCCUUCAGGGGAAAUAAUUGUUUUCAUAUAUCAUGAUUUAGAAAACGACAGAAAAAUUAGUGAAAAACAAACACAAACCUUUCUGGUCUGGGAACCAUCUGUAUUACUCUUUGUUCCUAAAGCUUCCCAUCCCCACCCACCCUCCCCGUGCUGUCACUGAAGCUCUCUACAUCUGCCCUGUGCAAAAUGGUGAACGCCAGAUCUAUAGUAUUGUAAAAAAAACGUAAGAAAAUAUGAAGAGCCCUGCUGGUUCAGGCCAAAGGUCCGACGUCCUGUUCUCACAGUGGCCGACCAGAGGCCUGUGGGGAAGUCUGCCAGCAGGGCAUGAUCACAACAACACUCUCCUCACCUGCAAUUCCCAGCAGGUGGUAUUUGUUAUGUACUGAAGUUCUCACCCUGGGCCAGCAGGGGGAUACUGUAGAUAGUUUUCACUCAGGUCCACAUAUGCAAAUAAGUGAUUGAAAGUGACGUUCAGUGAUUGGAUAGUUACAGAAAAUGGUUACUGUUGUGUUCUAGUGGAGCUCUAUAUAAGCAGGCUGGUUGAACCCUUCAGUUCUGUUCUGGCCUGUGAAUAAACAAGAGCUGUUUGAAGAAUCGCUGUGUCGUCUGAUAUGUUCACCCACAACUUAAUAGUAUUCAGAGGCACAUUGCCUCUAACAGUGGAGGCAAGAUGUGCAUAUCUUUCAGUUCACAUUCAGCCCUUGCAGUUUGUGCUAUACUUUGCUACACUGCCAUAAUAAUAAUAAUAAUAAUAAUAAUAAUAAUAAUAAUAAUUUAUUAUUUAUACCCCGCCCAUCUGGCUGGGUUUCCCCAGCCACUAUGGGGUGGCUCCCAACAGAAUGUUAAAAGCAUGAUCAAACAUCAAACAUUAAAAACUUCCCUAAAUAGGGGUGCCUUCAGUGUCCAGUCUGAACGAUGGGAGUGGAGAUGCUCCUUCGGGUAUACUGGGCCAAGGCUUCCCACAGUCAUGUGAUUGGCCACUGUGAGAAUAGGAUGCUGGACUACAUGGACCACUGGCCUGAUCCAGCAAGCUUUUCUUAUGUUCUUGCGUUUAGGGAGGCUUUUUGCCUUCAGAGGCUGGUUUCUACUGCUUAGGCCUUAACUGGUACCUGCCUCUAUAUUAUGUUUUCAUAGCUGCUUCUUUUAACUGCUUUUGUUUGAUGGCUUGCUAUUUUGGUUCCUUUAUCUUACUUUUUGUUUUUAUUGUAUCAUAUUCUUUCUCUCACUAGCCACUUUGAAUUGUAUAAGGAAAAGUGGGAUAUAAGUAUUUUAAUCUAAUAAAAAUGGAAUAAAAAAAAUGGGAUCCUCUCCACUUUUUUGCAGGGGUUGUGCUGACUGUUCCUUAGGUUUUCUUAGGUUGAUAAUGCUUCCUAGCAAUUCUUGUUGAGCAGGAAUUAGACUGACAAAAUAUGUAAUAUGUCACGCUUGGGCAUCUGUGAUUCUCUCUGCCUGGAAAAUUUGAACUGUGGGAGGUAGGAGGCAGAAUGGUAUCAUGUUGCUGACAUGCGGACACAAAAUGCAUGCUGAUGAAAACAAUGGGUUGCAUGUAACUUGUUCCAUCAGCACAAAUAUUUAUGCUUCUGCAGUGAAACUUCCUCCCUCUUCUUCCAUAUGACCCCCUAAAUCUGUUCUGGGCCUUCCCCCGAUGCUCCAGAACAGAUUUAGGGAAGGUACUGUGCACAUGUGGGGAAAGUUGGGGGUGAGUUCCUUUGUGGAAGCAAAAACCCUUGUUCAGUUGGGACGUGUUAGCUGGAUUCUGCCUGAAAUGGCCCUGUACUGGUCCUGCUGCUUUCUCCAUUGUAGACUGGGUUCAUUACAAAUACAGUGUGGUGAGCAGUCAGUGCCCUGGCAGGAGUGACGGCAGUGUUGUGUUUCCCAGACUGGUUAAUUUCUGCUUCUAAAAGUUUUGUUAGCUCUCACUUCAGAGACUGAACCUCAGUGUUACUGAUGAGUAUAGAAAUCAACUUUCAAAAGCUAUUUGAAAAGGGCACCUGAUACAGUCCUAUUAACAAAACUAAGCCACAUCCUAAUUCAUGUAAGCAUCCCCAUGUCAACAUUUUCCUGUACUUGGAAAGCUAACAUUUCAGGGUGAGAUAAAUAAAACAUUUUUUAAAAUGUCCAGUAGCACCUUUCGUGCAUGCACACGAAAGCUUAUACCCAGAACAAACUUAGUUGGUCUCUAAGGUGCUACUGGACAAUUUUUUAAUUUUUUAAUUUAUUUCGACUGCAUCAGACCAACACAGAUAGCUACCCGAAUCUAGUAUCUCAGGGUGAGGUUAAGGUAGAAGCUUUAUCCCUGAUGUGGUCAUAUUAUGAUUGCAGGUAAAUUUUGAGAGGGCACCAUAUUUUAAAGUUGAGUGAUCCAUUAGCACGUCCUCCUGUAGGAUUGCACCACUCCAAAGCUCUGGAGUGGUACAGUCCCACAGGUGGACAGUGUUGCAUCAGAAACAGCAUGUCUGGGUAGACUCUUCGUCUACUUCAAGUUUUUAAAACUUCUUUUAAGAAAUGUAUUUGACAUACGAGAAGGAGGAAUAAAGGAUGAAUAUUCCAUCUUUUUGUACAGAUGUAACUGGAACAGGAAAACCAUUGUUGGCAGAGCACUACUGAAAUCUUGAACUAAUGAGUGGAAACAUUCUGGAAGCAAUUAUUUUACAAGCACAAAGUUUUUUGUUUUUAUAAAAAAAAUCUUUCCUUUUAGUUUUUAAAUGUUUCAGCAGAACUGCAUUUCUGUUGGAGAUGUCUGUGACAGCAAACACAACGUGGAACCCAGAUAGUCAUGGGACCAAGAGUCUUAAAGCAUUCUUUGGGGGCAUUUCUCCUUGGCCACUGGUAUUCGAGAAGAGAAGAAAGUAUGAUGCAGAGAUCUUAAACAGCUUUAUUCAUUCAUUCAUCCAUUUAAAUAUCCAUUAGUCUUUUGGCUAUUUCGGCAGACAUAAGAAACGUGAUGCAAGCCCGUGAAGUCAGCUUUCUAGGAGCAAUAGCAGCACAGUUUAUUCAUGAAUUAGAUUCCAGAGGGAGCCCCCUUGUCCUGCCACCCCCACCCCCAACCAGUGGACACUAGUCUAUAAGGCCAAAUGGGGCGCUGCAGCUCCCCCCAAACCAGUGGAGGCUCAUCUAUAAAGGCAAAUGGGGCACUGUACCACCAACCUGAGUCUGUCCUUGGCCAGCUCCCCCACCUGCCUUCUUACAUUCAGUCCUGGGGGUGGUAAUGGCAGGCACCUUCCUGCUCCUUAAUCUUUGUGUUUCCCUCAGCAUGGAGAAGGAUGGAGGAGGGAACCAGGAAGAGCCUCCCAUUGGCUCUGGCUCCACCUACUGCCAGCCUUUCUUCCUUCCCCCCAAUGGCCACUAGCUAACACUGCCCCAACCUCUGUUUCCAAGUGUAGUUUUAAAAUAUAAGUGAGGGAUUUGUAUUUUGUAUAUGAAUAUGACUUAAGGCACAACAUAUGUUGAGAACUGGUCGUCUAUUCAGGUUUAUAUGUUCUUGUAGGAUUAGAUAGUUUCAUGGAGGUUAAGGCUUAUCAAUAGGUACUAGCCCUCAGAUGAAUAGUUCCUCCUUGCUGGAAAGUUUCAGAAGGGGCUGUGUGCACCUCACUCACUUGGCAUUUAGCUUGACUGUAAUGAGGAAAAAGAGCCUCUAAUGUGUAGCUAAUUAUAAUUUACUCAGCCCAUGUCUUGGCUCUCCUUUCUUGUCCCUGCAUUGUUGCCUUCUCUCCUUCGGUUUGGCGGUUCGUCAGAUCCCAGUUUUUCCAUGCUUUUGUCAAGAGCUGUUGGGAUCUGUGUGUGGCUGCCCCAUGUGGUGAACCAAUGAACUGCAGGUGGCAGCCUAGGUACUGAAGAGCUUUCAGGACUGACUCUACCCACCCAGGCUGUCCACUAAAUAUUUCUGGGUAGGAAGAAGCAUAAAGGGUGUCCUUUUCCACCUGAUCCUUUCUUGAGCAGCAAGGUCUUCCUGAGUACUGCCCCAUCCCUGUCUCCUAGUUUGCCCUUUGCUCCUGUCUUUUGUCUUGCUCCACAAUUCCUUGCUCCCCAUCAGAUCUUUUCUGUAGCCCAACCCCGACAGAUUGGGACUGUUGUGUUGUUUCUGGUGGAUCUUUUAUUUCAGUUUUGAUUUUUAUGUGUGAUGCCUUGAGCUAUGGAAAGGUGGCUAAGAAAUCUAGAGGCAGCCCACCAGCUAUGUGAGUCAACGGAGGAAGAGCUUGUUAGGUUUGCUGUCAUAAACUGUAAAGAAAUGGGAGAGGAGUUGGCACCUGGCAAGCUAUAAUACAUGGUUGGCGAUAUAUGUAUUUUUAAAUUUUUGAUAUGAUAGGUUGCAAAAUGUGGUAGGCCUGGUGGAUGGCCUACAAUGAGGUGACUGUUGGCUCUUUUGCAGCGGUAGUGGGGUCCUCUACAACUUGUGGUUAGAGAUACAGGAGAAGGUAUUGAUACUAGAAACCACCAUUUUGAACCAGGAGUAUGCACUUGGCUUAGCUAAAAAUGAGCAACAGCGGGGGGGGGGGGAACUGUCAUAAAGUGUGGCAUCAAACUGGAUAAGGAACCACAAGGAUCUACUGCAAGUGAUCUAUGUUGAAGUGAAAGUGAAAGGCCACUUUGUGGGAUGAACUUCAAGACGUAAGAUUAGUUUAACAAGGUCUACUUCUAAAUUCUGAUAAGGAUGGCAAGUAUAAAACACGCUGAGCUGUACAGACUUAGUGCCACCACCAAAACAUAGGACUUUUCCUACGAAAUCCCAAUGUUCCUUCCUUAUCUGUAAAAAGCUUGUACGUCAAACUAACAAGGUUUCUGUGACCCAGUCAAAACAACGAGCCAUGCAAUAAACAUUCAUUUAUAGCUUGCUUCUAGCAAGUUGCUUGUAAGGCAUUGCGAAGACCAUGAAAGCAAGAAGUUCCUCUUGUCUCUCCUUGGGUUAUAGGUAGGUAUACCUAUGAGGCUUUGUAAGAAGGACUGUGGGAGUAGAGUGCAUGCUUAAAAUGUUUUACUUUUUAUAUGUUAGCAGGCUGCCAGUGUGGUGUAGUGGUUAAGAGCAGUGGACUCGUAAUCUGGUGAACCGGGUUCGAUUCCCUGCUCCUCCACAUGAAACUGCCGGGUGACCUUGGGCUAGUCACACUUCUCUCUGAAGUCUCUCAGCCUCACUCACCUCACAGAGUGUUUGUUGUGGGGGAGGAAGGGAAAAAGAGAUUGUUAGCCGCUUUGAGACUCCUUAAAGGUAAAGGGUAAAGGGACCCCUGACCAUUAGGUCCAGUCGUGGCCGACUCUGGGGUUGUGGCGCUCAUCUCGCUUUAUUGGCUGAGGGAGCCGGCAUACAGCUUCCGGGUCAUGUGGCCAGCAUGACCAAGCCGCUUCUGGCGAACCAGAGCAGCACACGGAAAUGCUGUUUACCUUCCUUCCGGGGUGGUACUUAUUUAUCUACUUGCACUUUGAUGUGCUUUCGAACUGCUAGGUUUACAGGAGUAGGGACCGAGCAUCGGGAGCUCACCCUGGUGUGGGGAUUCGAACCGCCAACCUUCUGAUCAGCAAGUCCUAGGCUCUGUGGUUUAACCCACAGCGCCACCCGCGUCGCUUGAGACUCCUUAGAGUAGUGAUAAAGCGGGAUAUCAAAUCCAAACUCUUCUUUUUCUUCUCUUGGAAAAUAAACCAGUCCAAGCUAGCUGUGCCUCUUCCUCACUGCUUGUACGUGCAAGGCUUUUUGUUUACAUUAUCUGCAGCUUAAAUGAGCACCAUAUUUGAAUGUUUUUAAUUAACUAGUGGAACAAUGUAUUUAAUUUUUUUUUAUCCUGUUCAUACCUCUUGCUUUUGGUCAUAUUUCCAUACACAAAGGAACAAAAUGUAUACUUUGAGCUUUAAAAAAAAGUUUAUUGAGGCAAGGGAGAAUAAAUGCAAGCCUGUGUCUUGAGAGUCUGGUAUAGGCAUGCCCUCCUUAAAGGUCUGCAGCACCUCUUAAAGUAAUGUAACUUCUCCUUUUUUCUGGUCCAAAUCCAUUUUCUUUCAUAUGGGUUAUAACAAAUGUAAACAGUUACGUUUCCUGUUCACUAUACUCAGAAUCUGCAUAACAAAUCUCCAUUUUUAAUAACCUUGGGUGGCUAAAGCCUUAGAGUGCCUUUGUAUAUAUCAUGCAUAUAUUGAGGCCUGCAUUUAUUUCCAUGAACUUUGCAGUUUCUUAUGAGUUUCUCAAGAAAUCUUCCAUACAAUCUGAGAGCUCUUAAACGUUUGUUGUGUCCUCAGCAAUGCCCAUGUGAUUCUACAUGUAACAUGCAGGAAGAAGCAGGCUUCCACACGUGCAUCAUUUACUGGCUUUGGAACUAGUCAGAUAAGAGUUCUCUCGUGGGAUUUUAUUCUUAGGGUAUUUGGCUCCAGGCCUAGAGUAUCUUACAGCUGUAUAUCCACUUUACCUUCUCUGGUUCCUGGUAAAGUUUCUUCUACUCAGCCCUAGUUGGUACUGUCAAGACAAGUCAAUAGGGCUACAAUUUAACGACAAUUCAUUGAAAGCACGCACAUAGCGUCAUGCAAGCAAAUAAGCAGAAUUCAAAAUAGUAGUUUGCUGCGCUUCCAAAAGCACAGCAUUCCACUGACAGAGGUGACCUGUCAUCCUGUCGUAAUGGAUAGUCCAACACAGGUGUAAACCAACAGAGUCCAGUUCCAGAAGCCACCCAAAAGUUGCUUUCCCAGUGCUGCUUAUACAGUUCUUAGCUUUCCAAACAUGGUAACGAUGGCAACCUUGACCGCCAUCCCCAAGUAUCUUGCAUAUAUACUUGUGUGUUCUAGAUAGUCCCUAGAUGUUUGUGUGUUUCGUAGACCAUAGAAUUGUAGAGUUGGAAGGGACUCGAAUGUCAUCUUGUCUAACCCUCUGCAAUGAAGGAAUCUCAACACACAGUCCUCCAACCAAUCUGAAACCUGCUUAGCUUUGCAAAUGUGCUAGCAGUUUUAUUUCUGCCCCACUAGUAAAGGUUUGUAUCUUUACCUUCACAUUCUCUUUCGUCCUUCACUUCCGCCUAACUGCAAGCUUGCUUUAUUUCCUUUUAUGAUCCGCUAUUGGGAUAUGUUUAGACCAUUCUAUACAAUAUGCGCCUAAGCUUCAGCUCAUGACAAUAUAUGUAUUUGAGCUUGCAACAUAAUGCUAGUGAUAAUACAGUUGUACCUCGGCUCCUGAACGCCCUCCGAGUCGAACGUUUUGGCUCCCGAAUGAUCGAAAACCAGAAAUGGGUGUUCUGGUUUUUGAACAUUCUUUGGGAAGCUGAACAUCUGACAGGGCUUCCAAUUGGCUGCAGGAGCUUCCUACAGCCAAUCAGAAGCCGUGAUUUGGAAGUUGAACGGACUUCCGAAACGGAUUCUGUUCAACUUCCAAGGUACGACUGUAAUAGGAUUUUUUAACCAUUGGACAGAAUGGUUUCCCAUAUGAGAAGGGUUGAGAUGAUUAAGCUAAGAUCUUGAAUGGGUAGCUGUCUUCACUGGUGUGCAAUUAAGAGAUGUACUGUUGCUUUUAUCAGGAAAGCAUUCUUUUCAAUAGAAUCUUAACCUUCACCCAGCAUGGGAUGCAUUGCCAGUUUCCCAUCUGUGGGAGCACACACACAAGUCACAACAAUGCACACUAAGUUGUUCACUUGUAACUGUGUCCAGUCCCAAAUCGCACAUUCCUUUCUUUAAGAGGCUUUUUGAAAUGUCUCUGGGUGUAGUGUGCAGGUUGCUUAGGGUGUUGUGACUUAGCCAGAUCAGUUCCAUAGCUGUGACUGCAGAGCAGGCGGCAAGAAAAGCAGAGGUUGCUGAUGAAUAACUCUACUUGGUUGGUUGUAAUACAUUAGCAGUCACAGUGCAUGCCAUCUCCUACACUGUGAGCAAAGACUUUCUUUUUUGCUCAUGGUCAACGAAGGGUGGCAGUCAAAAUAUGUUGCCUAUGGAAACUGAGCUCGUAUGACAAGCAUUGUGGAAUAAAUGAUUGGGCAUGAGUCUGCUUCCAAAUUAAGUAUUACGUUUACAUGGUUUCAGUCUCCUCCACCAGGCCCCAAAAUGUACCGUCCGCACCACAAAUACACUGGAAUACAGUAUGCUUUAACUUUUGUGGUUGGGCUUUCACUAAAUACCGUGUUAUACCAAAGCUAUGUACGCUUUGAUCACUUGCCAUACGGGGGGGGGGGACUUUUUCAACAUGGUUCUCUCUCUCAUCAUUUUAAUCACAGACUAAAGAGUGAAUGUAUUUGGUUAGUUUUCCUGGACCUUUUUAAAAAUGCAUCUACUGCCUAUUUAUAUCUCAUCUCUUUGUGGUUCUGCCAAUGACGCUGGUUACUGGAGCUUUUAUUUAAGGAGUGAGGGAAUGAGCAUGAGGAAUAUAAAUAAUGGGCCUUCUAUAAAACUGUGUUACCUAUGCAGUUGUAUAAAACUUAAUUCACUGUUGCAUUUUUACUUCUCUGCAAUUUAAUCUUUGAAUCAUCAAAGAUUAGAACAUAAACUCAGAAGACUUCUUUAAAAAAAAAAAUGGAGAUACUUGUUUAUGCAUGAUGGCCUGGUCUGCAUGUCAUGCUAAACCAAACCAUGGCUAACAUGAAUGCAUGUGCACACAGGCCACUGAAGAGGAGUUCAUAGCCACUUCACUCUUCCUGGGUUGUUUUUCUGCCCCACUGCACUGAACUAAGCUUUACCUUGGCAUAGUGUGUCAUCUGAAUCUAGGCUCCUGGUUUUAUGGUUCCUGGUUUGUCUGCAAGAGCUAAAUUAUGAGCCUGGAUUUAGACAACAUGUUAAACCAAACCAUGGCUUAGCUUACUGUGGCACAUCAACAAAAUAACUGGAGAUAAAUGACGCUGCCAUGAUCUGUUUGCCAUUUAUGUUUGUUAAUUUAUGCUGUGUUUGUGAUAUCCUAUUAUGUUCCAUGGGACGCGGGUGGCGCUGUGGGUUAAACCACAGAGCCUAGGACUUGCCGAUCAGAAGGUCGGCGGUUCGAAUCCCCGCUACGGGGUGAGCACCCGUUGUUCGGUCCCUGCUCCUGCCCACCUAGCAGUUCGAAAGCACGUCAAAGUGCAAGUAGAUAAAUAGGUACCGCUCCGGCGGGAAGGUAAACGGCGUUUCCGUGCGCUGCUCUGGUUCGCCAGAAGCGGCUUAGUCAUGCUGGCCACAUGACCCGGAAGCUGUCUGCGGACAACCGCCGGCUCCAUCGGCCAAUAAAGCGAGAUGAGCGCCGCAACCCCAGAGUCGGUCAUGACUGGACCUAAUGGUCAGGGGUCCCCUUACCUUUUUAUUAUGUUCCAUAAUGCUAUUACAGUUAUACCUCGGGUUACAGACGCUUCAGGUUGUGUUUUUUUGGGUUGUGGACCGCCAAAACCCAGAAGUACCAGAACUGAUUACUUCCGGGUUUCGGCAGUCGCACAUGCGCAGAAGCACUAAAUUGCACUUUGUGCAUGCGCAGAAGCACUGAAUCACAACCCGUGCAUGCGCAGAAGCACCACUGCAGUUUGCGGACGCUGCGGGUUGCGAACGUGCAUCCUGCACAGAUCACAUUCGCAACCCGAGUGUCCACUGUAUUAUAUGUUGCUUGUAAACUGCUUUGGGAUUAAUAGAAUCAUAGAAUUGCAGAGCUGGAGGGGACCCCAACUUCCUGCAUUGCAGGACUCUCAUCUAAAGCAUCCAUGACACAUGUCCACCCAACCUCUGCUUUAAAAAACUCCAAGGAAGCAGAGUUCACAACCUCCUGAGGGCGUCUGUUCCACUGUCCAACAGCUCUUACUGUCAGAAGGUUCUUCUGAUGUUUGGUCACAAUCUCUUUUCUUGUAACUUGAAUCCAUUGGUUCAGGUCUUGCCCUCUGGAGCAGGAGAAAACCAGCUUGCUCCAUCUUCCAUGUGACAGCCCUUGGGAUAUUUGAAGGUGGCUAUCAUAUCUCCUCUCAGUCUCUUCUUUCCCAGGCUAAACAUUCCCAACUCUCUCAACCGCUCUUCCUAGGGCUUGGCUUCCAGACCCUUUAUAAUUUUGGUUGAUUCGUUCAUAAUAAAAAAAACCCAAACUCCUCUCCUAGAACCUGCACACUCUCAUGUUUGCACUGUCAUGCUUUUGCCAUAUUAUUAGUGAUAGGCAUGGCAAUAUAUAAUCAUUAAUAUAAAUACAGUAACUCUACACAGGAGCCUAUGAUCAACAUUUAUUAAGAAAUUGAAAUUUAGAAAAAAAGACAGUUAAAAUGGGUCAAAGACCGAGAUCUAUAAAAGUAUGCCUGUUCUUCCUCAUAAUACUAAAAUCUAGAGUCACCCAGUAGAGAUGAAUGAGUGAUUCCAAACCAACCAAAAGAAGUACUUUUUCACACUUCCCACAAUAAAUUGAUGGAACUUGCUGCUACAUGAUCUGAUGAUGACUAUGGCUUUCGAAUGAAAUUAGAUUUAUGGAAACAGGUCUAUCAUUGGGAAUUCUUCAUGGCAAGUGGGAAAUGUCACUUCCCACUUUUUAAGAGGAAUGCCCUGCGGCCUCUUAGAGGGCAGGGGACUUUCAGGAAGGAGGAAGGGAGUAUGUAGAAACCCCUAGCUGUUUUGAGGUGGCCCCUUUUGCUUCCAAACUGACCAGCACACAACCACCUGGGAUCACUAUUAGAGGGAAUUAUGGCUACAUGAAAGCUCCAGGUUUAGAGGCAGCAUAUCUCUGAUGACAAUGAAUGGGAAAAGGAGCAGACUGGGAGGAGAAGGUGUCAGAAGCUGAAGAGGUAACAGGAAGAGGCUGCGGCCAAGAACAGUUCAGACUCAGAGGCAGAAGCAGAAGCAGGGACUGGAGAGGAGUGGGGCCAGGAGACAGAGAGGCAGUCUUCCUAUCCUGCUGCAACCAGCUCCCCUCCCCCUUGAUCUCCUAGAACACGCAGAUAACCGAAAUGAGCAGAGCAAAGUGUGCAGAUUCAGUUUGCGACUGCUUGGGAAGGACCCUGGAGAGGAGGAUUCCUAGUGGGCACUGUUGAGGUGGAGACCUUCAGUUGUCACAACUGCUUCAUUGGGGGCAAGACCUCCUAGAAAGAGUUGCUGAGACCACUAGGACUGAGCCGUGGUUUGUUUCCUUAAAUAAAGAGAUAAUUUCAUUGGCCUCGGGUGGUUUAUUGUUUUAUUGCUGACCUAUGCCUGACUCCAGCUCUGACACAGCUAAGCUCUUCUUAAGAAAUUAUGGGAGAGUCAAGGCAGGGUGACAAAUGUACAGGCAACAACCAAUUGAUGCGUGACCUCAUGCAUCGUGGUGACCUGGAAGUGACCAGAAAAGGGGGUGGAGUUGGCUUAGACAUGCUCUGCUAUCACGUGUGAGGACCCGGAAAACAGCCCUCACACAAAUUGGGGGUUACCUGUAGUUACCUUUACUUAGACUUUGGGGGUGAAAAGUUAGGCUGAAAGCAUUAGGAUUUUUAAUUCAGUUGUUUAGAUAAAUAAUUCAGUUGUUUGCUUUUAUAAAUUGAAAAUCAAAAGUUUGGAUCAAUUUGGAACGAGUCAUAUGGAAUGUACACACAACAUGAUGAAAGAUUUGAAUUUUCCAGCCUAGAUAAUAAAUACCAUGUGCAGUCCUUUACCUCAAUGAUUUUCUAAUUCAGUGUGUGUCUGGCAGACUUUUCCUUUCAUUCUUGUUCCAUGUUGAAAGUAGAGCAAGAAAACUGUUAAAAGUGUAAUUAAAUUUACAGAGAUCAAGGAAAAACAUAAACCAGCACAGUUUAACCCCUGGAAGUUUAGAGUGGGCUGGACUGACUUUAUUUUUCACUUAUAAACAGUGUGGGAAAGUGGCUGUUCUAAAAGAGCAUAUCAAAUCUCAUGGAAAUGUUUCAUCAUCAGUGCUUCUUAAAAAGGAGCUUGCCUUCAUAAAUGACUUCACUCACCACCUAAUAAAACGCUGCACAUAUCAUUAAAGGUGCGGACGAAUUCCCUAUUGUCAGACAGAAAGAGGAAACCUCAACUCACCCUGUGCUAGCCUCAGGCAAACAACCCAUUCUCUUUGUCAGUCCUCCAACCGCAGUAUAGGAUAAUAACAAUGACCUAUGAUGCACUGCUGUUGUAUGGCUUACUGAGAGAAUCUGUGUGGAGGUGUUUUUGGUGAGCUACAGCACUUCCAAGUGCACUUAUAUACCGUACUUUUUGCUCUAUAAGACUCACUUUUCCCCUCCUAAAAAGUAAGGGGAAAUGUGUGUGCGUCUUAUGGAGCGAAUGCAGGCUGCGCAGCUAUCACAAAAGCCAGAACAGAAAGAGGGAUUGCGGCUUUCACUGUGCAGCGAUCCCUCUUGCUGUUCUGGCUUCUGAAAUUCAGAUUUUUUUUUCUCUUGUUUUCCUCCUCCAAAAACUAGGUGCGUCUUGUGGUCUGGUGCAUCUUAUAGAGCGAAAAAUACGGUAACUUUCAAGCCUGAUACAGGUUAGGACCAGAAUACCUGAAAGACUAUUUCCUCCUAGAUGAUGCUGCCUGGACUCAAAAGUUAUUAAGAGAGGCACUUCUUCACCCUACACCUAAGUUAUAGUAGGUAGGGACAUGGGAGAGCAUCAUAUCAUGGGAGACCCAUACUUCCUCCCUGUUUGAUGGUAUAUAACAUUUUUAUUUAGGCUGGUCUUUGUCCCAGAAGCUGGAUAUUUGUUUUCUGGUGGUUUACUUCAUUUUUAUAGGUUGACUGAUUUGUGGUGCUUUUUAUCUGCAUCUUUUAUUGUAAUAGUGUGUAGGCAUUAUUAUUUUUAUUAUUUUUACUUUUGUUUCAUAAGACACUUUGAGUGGUUCAGUUUGUGAACUGGAAAGAGAGGACAGAAACAUUCCUAAAAUAAUAAUAACGUAAUGAUAAAACAAUUAUAGUAGUAAAAAUUAAAAACAGUAGCAAACUCUAUGUGCUCAAAGAAUAUGGAAAGAAUAUGGUUACUCAGCAGUGUAUAAGCUGUGGCUGGUGUGUGCCUUUUUCUAGCAGAUUCUUAGGACUGUGGCUAGCCCAGGUUGCAUCCAUCUCAUUAGGCUGGAGGCUUGGGAACACAUGUUCAUUAUAAUAUUUACAUUAUUGGCAGGGCCAAAUUAAAGGCUGCACUGUGUUCUCAGGCCUCACACAUCGCUGACAAUCAGGCAUGCUCUCUGUUCCGCUGGAAUAAAGGCAAAGAUGAGUCUGCCUUCACAGACAAGGCUUUUCUGAAUCAUCCUACUCCAUCCUAAAGAGGGGGCCUUCUCUGCUGCUGUCAUCCAUCCACACGCCCUUCACUUAUGCAUGUACCCUACACAGGCAGAUUGCUUCCUAUAAAGUAAUUUUAAUUUAGAACUGAUCUUUUUAUCAUAUCGGAAGCACUCAAAACUUUGCCUUCACACAAUAACACUGUAAAAGAAGAAAUCAAAGCCUAAACAUGUAAAUAUAUACAAAUGGCCUUUAAAUAAUCAACACAGAUGCAAUACUUUAAAAUUACAUGAUUGCAUGACAGCUCUAUCGUCUGUCAAGUCAAAUGCUCAAUCAGCCAUCACUCUUGCCAGAAACACCUUAUGCUUUGGGGAUACUGCUCACCUUUUUAUGUUAUAUUUAAGCACCUCACAUACAUUCAUAUUUGUUUCACCUGUGCUUUAUUUUUAAAAACCUGGCAGGUUUUUGGAACUGAUUUGGGCAUUGUGAGGGAAGUGUCUUGGUGGUAUCCAGUGCUUUUUUCCGGGAAGGGGGAGGUGGUAGUACCCAGGGGUACGCAUACCCCUAAACAUUUUGUGAAUCUUUGUACUUUUGCCCAUUUACUGUAUUUAUUUUUCCUGAUUUGAACUAUAAAAUGGUGGUUUUCUUGAGUCAAAAUGAGAGUACCCCUAAACAUUUUUUUAAAAAGAAAAAAAGCACUGGUGGCAUCUUUGGAAGCAGCAUAGCUAGCUGCUUGGGUGCCAAGGGAGACGUGUGCCCUUUGCCCAGGGGUGGGGCAAGCCAGGGCAGGGCACACCAAGCAGAGCCUCUAUGGAGUCUGCCCACCACCUCCCCCUCAGCUGUAGGGUAGCUGCAGGUGGAUGCAAGCCCCACAUUGCCAUUUUGGGCAGCACGGAGCCUGCAGGCUCCCGAGCCACCGCGCCACUCCCAGGAGAGACACUUGGCUUGGGAGCACUGCAGGCCCGUGGUAAGUGCCGCCCCCCACAGUGUGGCGCCCAGUAUGCCCCCCACCCCCCAGCUACACCUACUAUCUCCAAACUUACAGAACUGUUAUUUUCAUGUGUUGACCAUGGGGAAAGAAGGCUAUAUUUGUAUGGAAUGUUAUUGUUACACUUCCAAGCUAUCUCCACAGCUCUAACAAAUGAUUCCUCUGUCUUCACCAUAAGUCUGUUUAUAAUUGUAAGUAUUUCUUUAAAAUGCAUAAUAGGUUUCAGUGCACUCUGGCACUCGUCACGGUCCUCGGUUGUGCCAGAAGUGGUUUGGUCAUGCUGGCCACAUGACCCAGAAAGCUGUCUGUGGACAAACGCUGGCUUCUGAAAGCAAGAUGAGCGCCAUGCCCCAUACUCGCCUUUGACUGGACUUAUCUGUCCAGGGGUCCUUUACCUUUUUACUUAUUCCACACACAAACAAUAUAAUUUCACAAUGGAUAUAAUACUCGUGUCCUAUUUGAUCUUAGGUGCAGGUAUCAGCAACAGAACUUCAUCGCAGAGUAAUUAUUUUUCCUGGGAAGAUUCAAUUUUCAAUACCUCCAUACAUGCUGCAAUUCGACAUGGAAAAUGGAAACUACUAACAGGCUAUCCAGGUAAAUUUUUAUGGGAUUCCUCCCUUUCACAUGUUCCAGAUAAUGGCACUUCCUUGUAUUUGCUGUAUUAAAUUUGUGAAUACUGGUUUUGGUAGCAAUUGAUGCUCCAGAGAUGUAAGAAAGAACUGACUAAUAAUGAUCAUAAGAACUCCCUGCCCUUAAAGUAAGGUUGGUUGGUUGGUUGGUUGGUUGGUUGGUUUGUUAAAUGUGUAUGGCCACCCAUCAAUAGAUAUUUCCUCCUGGGCAGCUUACAGAGGUGGGAAAGAUGACCAGUUUAGGCUGUUCUGAUUGAAAAAGUAACUUAUUUAUUUAAAGUGUGCUAACAUUCCCACAUGCACUAUCUGUUUUGACAUAGUAUGAAGCAUUGUAUUCAAAUUUGUCACUUGAAGCAGCAAGAGGCACACCUGCUAGAAAGCUCACUGGUUGGUAGGCAUCCCAGCUUUCCAGUUGAGGCAUCCAACUGGUACUAUAAUUUCCUAUAUGUCAGUCAGUGUUCUUGCAGAGUAAUCUCUUACCUUGUUUCUAGGAUGGCACUGUUUGUCCACUUGUGUAUGUCUUGUUGCUCAAAGUUCACCCGCUGAUCAUUGAAUGUUCAUUAUAAAACAUAUGUAAAGGUGCAAUAAGAGAAAGGAGUUGAAGGCGGUGGUGUCAGAACCAAGAAAAGAGCAACAAACCUCAGCCAAAUAGCUCUAUUGCAGACUGAGCUUCAUACCGUUUAUAUUAGGAACUCUUCUUCCUACUAACAUCUAAUUCAUCUUCUGGGUAUUCUGUUGGUCAGCUGGCAAAUCUCCAUAUCACAAGUUCGAUUCCACUUCUCUGAAAUUGAACAAGUCAGAUCUGUGAACAAGCUGGAAACAAAUUAAGAGGCUAAUGCUGUCCCAACUAACCUCUAAUCUGCUCUGUUCCUGCUUAUAGGUUGCUCCCACUGGUUUCCACCGCCGUCUUUAUUUAAUGAGUCAGAGGCUCUGUCUUCAGACCCUCCAACAAAGAAACUUUGGCUCUAUGACAUUGUUAAUGAUCCUGAGGAACGAAGUGACUUGUCAGAAGAAUAUCCUGACAUUGUGAGAAAGCUCCUUUUGCGUCUCCGGCACUAUAACGAUAACUCUGUUCCCGUGUUCUACCCAAAAAAUGACCCUCAUUGUGACCCAGGAACCAAGAAAGCCUGGGGGCCUUGGAUGUAGGAAACUGCUCAGCAGCCUGAGAAAGGUAUGUCAAGGGUAGUCAUAGAGCUGAUUCCCACGUUAUAUUUGUGUACAUAAAAUAUCCUUGUGUACACCACGGCAAAGUGUACAAAAAUGUUCCAUGGGAAUCAGCCCAUAGACUCAGGGACACAGACAUUUCUGACUCGUUUAUUUUACCUCUUCAGCUUUCACUUCAGUCCAUUGGAUCCAGUUCUUCUUACUCAAAAGCUGUUUGAAGGAUCCAGUUUCACCAUCGGUUGUGCUUGAAGUACUAUAGAAUCAUAAAUCUGCCAUUUGGAUGUUGGUGGGUUUUUUGCCGUCCAUGACAUGUCUCUGAAGCAGAGGGUAAAAUGAUGCCGCCUUCCCAAAGUUCCUGGCCAGCUGGGAAACAUUAUUUCAGUUGGAAAGCUCUGAGUCAUGGCGGGGCGGGGGGGGCAGGGCCUUCUAAAUUCUUUCGCAUCUGAAGUCAAAGGCUUGAUUUCAUACUUGCCGGGAGCCAGCUUUUAUCGGAGGCUGACAGAGUUGUAAAGAAAAGGAGAAAGAAGCCAAUUGUAGAGUUCCUUUUCUCUCUCCCCACCUUUACCUCGCGAGUCACUCUAACAGGAGCAUCCUGGAAUCUCCAUGAACAGAACCUCUUAGCAGCUACACACCAAGGUCCUAGCGAUAGCCAAACAUGUCAGCUCUACACCCAAAAUGUCUUAUUUCCACAACAUGAAUAUUGUGAUCAAUAUGAAUACUGUGUCCAAAGUGGUGGACAGGAGAUGUAUACCUGACCUCCCAGCAGGUGAGUUGCUGCUGCUUAUCAGGAGGGAGAAGGGCAAGAUAUUGUGGAGGGUGGCACAGUGCAUAUGACACUGGCAGGAGCACCGAAUUGACUCUGCUGGCACCUUUGAGAGCCAGUGUGGUAUAGUGGUUAAGAGCGGUAGACUCGUAAUCUGGUGAACCGGGUUCGCGUCUCCGCUCCUCCACAUGCAGCUGCUGGGUGACCUUGGGCUGGUCACACUUCUUUGAAGUCUCUCAGCCCCACUCACAUCACAGAGUGUUUGUUGUGGGGGAGGAAGCCGCUUUGAGACUCCUUUGGGUAGUGAUAAAGCGGGAUAUCAAAUCCAAACUCCUCUUCUUCUUUGUACUGCACCAACCUUGCCACCACUGUGAACCUUCCAAUAAGCAUCAGUGGCUCACCAGCCAGGAGGUGAGGUAGCUGCCUCCACCCCACCAUUCCAUCUGCUACCGCCGUAUUAUACGUAUUUACUCAGAACUCUUUGGGCUUUUUUCCCCCCCACAAAAUCCCCUCACCAAAGGCUCCUGAUUAAACUUAGUAGUUAUGGGGUGAGAGGAAAGGUUCUCUUAUGGCUCAGUAACCAAAUAACAGAAAACUGGGAGCAAUAAUAUAUGGACAAUUCUCACAGUGGAAGUGGGGUUUCUCAAAGAUCUGUGAUGAUACCUGUUAUGCACUGAAGUUCUCACCCUGGGCCAGCAAGGGGAUACUGUAGAUAGUUAUGCAAAUGAAGGAUCGAAAGUGACGUUCAGUGAUUGGCUAGUUACAGAAAAUGGUUACUGUUGCAUUCUAGUGGAGCUCUAUGUAAGCAGGCUGACUGAGCUCCUCAGUUCAGUUCUGUUCCAGCUUUCAAAUAAAGAGCUGCUUUGGAAGAAUCGCUGUGUCGUCUGUUAUGUUCGCCCACAACUUAACAAUACCAGUGUUUUUAAUAUGUCUGUAAAUAAUGUGGAGGUCGGUGUGAGCAGAGAGGCAGCCAAGUUUGCUGAUGACACUGUUUUGUUGAGGGUAGUAAAACCAAAAAGGGACUGUGAAGAGUUUCGGUGAGAACUCCACAAAGUGGGUGAAAACGUAAUAGCGGUUUAUAGAAUUCUGCACGAGGUGGAAAAAGUAGAUAGGGAAAAAUGUUUUGGGAGUAUCUUAAUCUGUGUACUGUGUUCUUUUUAAAUAAAGGGAUGGUCAGAUGCCAUCACAGGAUGGUGGUCAGAGUCUCAGUUGGUCAUUUUAUUAGAGGGCUCUAAUAAGUUUGAGCAAGUUGAAUUUACUAAGCAAG